AUGGCCGACUCGCUCCUCAACCACUCCUGGCCGUCUUUCUCCAGGCGAUGGAUGAAAAGGUGGUCCUUCAAGCGAGGUAACCUGGCCAAAGGGCAACGCCAAGCGGGGUGGGGUGGGGUGGAGGCUGCCUUUGCAAAGGGCGGCAGAGUGGGGCAGGGGGCGGGUGUGUGCUAGGAUUUGCUUUGACCCCCGCCAGCACUCAGGGCUUCCUGCUUCCAGGGAGGAGGAAGGGGCGGCACAGCGAGGGUCCUCCGGCCUCAGGAGACUUCUCUUUGAAGUGGGUUCCGCUGAAUGAAUCGAUGCAACCCCAUUAAUCAAUUGUUGACCUGCUCUGCUAUUUUUGCCUGCAGAAUUAGGGGCGAGGUUGGUUUGACAUGCAUGCUGUGUGGUUUUUACAUUGUUCCCGGAGUUCUACAGUAUGCCGUAACCCCGGGGGUAGCAGGUUUGGUAUUUCAGGCUGGAAAUUGCCAUAAUAAAUAACCGGUGCAUAAAAUGUGGGUUGGGUGUAGCUGGCAGGAUUGGGCUGUGCCUGUUGAACCUCCACCUGCCCUGUUCAAAGGACCAGCUGCUUCUGUCUGAGGCAGGGGCCAAACUCUCCAGGUAGCCAGGAACCCCUCCUGUGCCUCAACUCCUUUUCCUGGACCCCGUUUUACUCUGACGCCCCCAAAUCUUGACUCUGUCUUUUGCAAAGGGAGGUGUUGUAGCUCAAGACUCUCUCCCUGGAGAGCCCCGGUGCUGCCAGUCAGUGUUGGCGGCCCUGCGCUCUGGCACCGGUUCAGGGCAGCUUCCUCUGUUCCUGAGCGAACCGAUCCUUUUGUCGCUGCCGCGGGGCUGAAACCUCCAAGGAAAGGCCCAUCGCUGGCUGGCAAGAGGAAGAAGGUCCCAGGCUCAGGCUCUGAUGGCGGCAUCUCCACCCCCUGCCUGACCCUCUGCUGCCAGUCAGGGCAGACCAAGGCUCUGACUCCACAGAAGGCAGCUCCCCAGGGCCCUAUUUAAACCAGCACCUUUUUCACGGGUGUCCCCUGCCCAAAAUCCUGGAGAGCUGGGGCAGAGGCUGUUCUGCUUCCGUGCUGCAGCCAUAGCCUUUUAUGGUUCACCGCUGGAGAUGGGCAAUUUGCAGGAUCUGUUUCAUGUCCCCAGGAGCUUAUUAAGAACAUCGGAAGCGUCUUGAAGCAGGAUGUUUGUCAUGCCAAAGGGGGCCCAUGGGGUCUGGCCUGCUGUCCUCGUGAUGGCCAGACGUGAGUCCCCAGGGGAAGAAUGUCCCCAAGGAGGACUGAGCGCAGCAGCAGCAACUCUCACUGCUUGCGAUUCCGACCGCCAUAGCCAGUCUUAUCCUCUGCAAAUUUCUCUAAUACCUUUCCAAAAAGCCCUGCGGCUGGAUCAGGCCACGGGGCCCCCCGCCUAGUCCAGCAGCCUGUCCUCACAUGCCCCCAAAGGGAAGCCCCCAUAAGCCAGGGCCUGAGAGCAACAGCCUCUUCCCACUCUGGUUCUCCACUGUUCUAAGGUAGGCUGGCUCUGCCCAUGGAGGCUCCGUGGAGGAAUCAGAAUCACAGAAUUGUAGAGACCCUCUGCAAUGCAGGAAUCUCAGUUAAUGCAUCCACGACAGAUGACCGUCCAACCCACAACCUCUCGAGGGAGACCGUUCCCCCGUCCAACAGCUCUGACUGUCAGAAAGUCCUUCCUGAUGUUUAGUUGGAAUCUCCUUCCUUGUCACUUGAAGCCACAGGUUCGAGUUUGCUGACUUCCUGCAUUUAAUGCAGACUUUUGCUCGGAGUCAUGAGAACUUGCUUCAUUGUAAAGGGGAGGACCAUGUCUCAGCCGCAUGCUUCUCCUGGGUUCAAUCCUCUCUGGGUAGGGCUAGACUGGAGAGCUGCUGCCAGCCGGUGUGGACAGUACACAGCUGGGUGGGGCUGGUGGCCUGAGGACCGCAGCUCCUUCAGGGAGAAACCAUCUGGCCUGUCCCUUUCGCCUUCUCGAUUCACGCACCCAGCUUCUCUAGAGAGGCUAAGGGUGCCCUGAUAGAUUCGCACCCCACACUUUCCUCCAAAGGGGCCUCUCCCCCCCAUUAGUUUUAUUCUCACAACAGACCUAUGAAGGAAGGCCAGGCUGGGGAGAGGGGCUGAACGUUGUUCACUGGGGCUCCUGGCUGAAUUCGAACGCUGACCUGAGCACGCACACCCAUCCCCAGCCAUUGCUGAAUCGGGUUGUGGACAGGAGGAGAAUGGGCCCAUUUCCAGUCUGUGGGCUGCAUUCCCUAUCCUGGGGCCGCACAGAGAGCCUUGGAGGGCCACAUUCUGCCUCGGGGUGCGUGUGCUGAGGAUCCCCUUCUGCACUUUUGAGACUGUCCUUUUUCCAAGAAGGCUUCAAAAGCUGAGGCUCUCGUCCUGGUUUCUGUCUGCUUCAGGUUGUUUUUAUGCCCGGUUUUAUACUGUUGAUAUAGAUGCAUCUGUUGUUAAGGAUUUUUAUUGCUAAUUGCUUUGGGAUGUCUUUUAUGGGAAGUGACUCAUAAACCGAAGUAAACCAACGAGCGGGCCUGGGGAGGGUGUUGUUUUCCUGGGUGUGCAGGCCACAUCUCGGGAGGCGAAGGGCUCCGAAGGGCUCUGCGCUGGGAGAGCUUUGCAGCCCAGGGACAAGGUGGCAGGAAUCUGGGAAAGAGGCAGAACUCCCCAUUGAGAGGGGAGGUGGGCAGACACCCCUUGUGCCUCCCUCCUUCUUCUCUCCCCUCCAGAUCCUCUGCAUUCUGCAGUGUCUCACUGAUGCAAGAUCUGUGGGCCGUCCACACAGCUGUUCCGCUUUGUGAGUUUGCUUCCCCAAGGUUGCCACCCUAUUGCUAUCCGGGGAGGGGUCAACUCUUGUGCUACACAGCAAAGGAAGUGGGGCACAAAAUUAAAUUCAGGUUAACUGGAGCUCUUGUGGUGUGGUAAGUUUCAGGAAGUCAGCAGCGACAGGGAAUGAGAGUCAGAAGAGCCCGCGGGAUCAGGCCAAAUGCCCCCCCAUCCAUCCUCGCAGUGGCCGCCCAGAGGCCCCAAAGGGAUGAAGCCCAGAAGCAGGACCCGAGCGUGAGAGCAUCUCUCCCCCUUCUGAAGUUCCCAGCAAGUGGCGUUCAGACACCUCAAAACACGGAGGAAGGACAGAGCCAAGUGCAGGAGCCCCAAAACAUUUGCAGGAGACAACACCAGUGCCGGAUUUACAUAUAAGCUCAACAAGCUCUAGCAUAGGGCCCCACUCUCUUAGGGCCCCCCCAAAAAAAUUUAAAGGGAGAAGAAAGACUGGAUGUACAUUUCCAAAAUGUUAAGAUUAAAAAAAAAAACCCUACCUACAGCAACAGUGUUUUGUGUUGUGUAGGCUCCAAGGAUGUGAGUCAUGGGCCCCGCCUGCUAGCUUGCUCCCUAAAUAUCCCUGCUUUGCUUCUUUCUAUAUAUAGGGUGCCGACAUUCUGCAUGGACUGGUUGCACAGCAACAUGUGCAAAUGGCUUGAGAUACCUAUUAGGUCCGUAAAUGACCAUAUAGCAUAUAUUCAACACAAAGAACAGUGACAAUUUGUUGUUGACAAAGGACAGCUGGACAUAUACCUUCAGGAGCUUAGGGCCUCAUCCAACCUAAAUCCGGCCCUGGACAACAUGGUACUGAAAGCUGGGUGGGAAGGGUUGCCUUAUUGGGGGGGGGGGGUGCGCACUUCUGUUGAAUAGGCUGCUGAACAGGUUUUGUUUGCAGGGUGAUGUCCACUCAUUUAAGGAGCGUUCCCCUGCCUCCCAUUUGUUUAUGGGGAACUUAGAGGACGCAACGGAGAGGCGAGAUGAUGGGGCGGUGGCUGCUGCAAGGCAAGCGAUGCCCCGGAGUAACUUCCCCACCGCCCUCCUUGUCACAACCCCCACGCUCCGAAGGACCUUUGGAGGAAGUGGGUUUUCGCUGCGCAAGGCGUCCCCACGUCACCCCUGAUUGCACAACCCGAGCUUGCUGCUGGCCUGUGAAGCAAAAGAUCCAGUAAGGGUCUCCUCCCGUGUCUGGUCUUGAUCCAGCAUUUGUUGUUGUCCUUAUUUUUACCAACGUUGCCUUUUAUUACCUGCCCUCCAUCCUAAUGCCCUGCAGGCUGUGGCUGGCUUGCGGGAGGUGUCACCAGAGCAUUUCAUCCUGACUGCCUUGCAGGCUGCCUAGAGCUCUUCCUGUCGAUCCCCCGGACGCUUUUCGAUGCAUUUACUUCCCUGUCGCUUUCUCAGCUGCAAAGGCUUUGCUUCUCUUUGUGCUCACCCGUUUUUAAACAGAGCAGAUCUGCUGCCACAAUCUGCUGGAAAUGUGCAGCUCCAAGGUUCUGGUUUCUUCCUGACUCCCUCUUGAGAAACAACGGCAGUCUGGAGCAAGGACCAGGGUGGGCACUGUAGUGCAGUGGGUCCGCUCCUUCCUCCUGGACCGUGUCCAGAAAGUGGUGUCAGAAGAUAAGUGUUCAGACCCCUGGGUUCUCACUUAUGAGGUGCUUCAGGGCUCCAUCCUCUCCCCCAUGUUUUUUAACAUCUCUAUGGAGCCACUAGGAGAGAUCAUCAGGGGGUUUGGGUUGGGUGUUCAUCAGUAUGCGGAUAAUACACAGCUCUACAUCUCUUGUAAAUUGGAACCAGUGAAGGCGGUGAAGGUCCGGUGGAGGCAAUUGAAGGAUGGAUGGCAACUUAAUGGAUUGAGGUUGAAUCCUAACAAUACAGAAGUACUGCUUAUGGGGAACAGGGGGUGGGUGGGGGAUUCGCUGGUCCUGAAUGGGGUAACUGUGCCCCUAAAGGAUGAGGUGUGCAGCCUGGGGGUCAUUAUGGACUCACAGCUGUCCAUGGAGGUGCAGGUCAAUUCUGUGUCCAGGGCGGCUGUCUGCCAGCUCCAUUUGAGACCCUACCUGCCUGCUCCCUGUCUGGCCAGAGUGGUACGUAUUCUGGUUAUCUCCCGCUUGGACUACUGCCAUGUGCUCUACAUGGGGCUAUCCUUGAAGGUGACUCGGAAACAACAGCUAAUCCAGAACAUGGCUGCCAGACUGGUGACUGGGAGCGGCCACUGGGACCACACAACACCGGUCCUGAAGGAUCUUCACUGGCUCCCAGUGCUUUUCCGAGCACAAUUCAAAGUGUUGGUGCUGACCUUGAAAGUCCUAAACGGCCUCAGCCCUGUAUCCCUGAAGGAGCGUCUCCACCCUGGACACCGGGGUCCAGCUCCAAGGGCCUUCUGGCGGUUCUCUCAUUGCAAAAAGUGAAGCUACAGGGAACCAGGCAGAGGGUCUUCUCGGUGAUGGUGUCUCCUAGAGCCAUUCAAAAGUGGAACAGGCUCCCUCGGAAGGUGGUGGGGUCUGCUUCUUGGAGUUUUUAAACAGAGGUUGGGGUGGCCACCUGUCAAAGGAUGCUUUAGCUGUGAAUCCUGCCUUGCCAGGGGUUGGACCCAAUGACCCUUGGCGGCUCCCUUUCAACUCUACAGUCCUGUGAUUCUACAAAACGGUUUGCCCAAAAAAAAGGUGCUUAUUGGGAGAAUUUAGCACUAAAAUGCUAAUGCAUCUUCACAAGGAUUUUGCUGCAGAAAUGUGGAAAAGAAAAAAGCUGGAGUUUGACAGCUCCUUCCUCCACCUGGUCUGGAGGGACGGGUGAGGCCAGAGGUGAACUGUCUGGCCUUCCUUGAUGGAGGAGGGGGGUCUCCCCAUCCCCUCCUGCCUCUGGUGCUCCUUCACUGCCUCUCUCCAUGGUACUAACUGGGGAUUGCCAAGCAGACCAGAUGCGCAGAGGGGCUUGUGUCUGUUGUUGGUGCUGCGUGUGAGAACGAGCCAACGAGAGCGCCUGGUGUUCUCAUCCAUGGCAGCCCGCACAUUGCCUAAAAUGGUCUCCCUGAAGCCUCGGGCGCUUCCUCUCCCCUUGAAGCAGCUGCCCCUCCUGCGCACGGCAUGUCCUGGAGCCCACAGGGCCUGAUUUAUCGAGUGUUGAGGCUGGAGCAUCUCCCAUCUCUCGGGUGGUGGGGUGGGGGGAGGUUCAGGUUUAUGGAUCAAUGCUAGAGAGGGCCUGGGUGAGCCUAGGACAGCACAUCUGGGGCUGCAAAACAUCCGGGUGUUUCUCUUCUCCCCACCUCUCACUUGAAACAGCAGCAGUUGCAAGCACAGCUGCUCUUCUGUGAACAGAGCUGAGCUGUGGAACUCCCUACCACAGGAAACUCUAAAGAGAAGAGGGCAAAUUCAUGGUGGAUCUCAUGCCCCGUACCUUCCUGCUGAAAUCCAACAACUUCCCACGCUGCAAGAGUUCCGGGGUGGUUCUUCUUGCCCCCACUUCUGUUUCCUCUCUACUGCGAGUCACGGGGGGGGGGGGAGGGCUGUCAAUGGCUACUGACAACGGAUAGUAGGGGAGAAGGGCUCAGGUUCUGCCUACAGUUAGUGCUGCACUGUGUUUCUCCAAAGGUCUCAGUUCAGACAAGAGCUGUUUGCCCCUCCUCUCGGGUGGGCAGAGGGGAAGAGGACGGCCGGAAGGUUCCCUGCAAGUGGGAAAGCAAUAGAGCCCCUUGGAGGCUCGCUAGGUGGGGAGGAAGCCGGACAGAGAGGAGGGCGUGUAGGGAAGAGGCUGGCACUGGGAAGCGGCCCCUCUGCAGCAGAAAAGGUGGCCCUCGGCCCUGCCUCCAGUUAUGCCUGCUUGGCACAGCAAUGGAGUACAGUUGAAGCUCAGAAAGAAAAAAAUAUGUAGAGGGAGAGACGGUCUGGAACAAAGGUUCUGGAGUCUUAAUCUUUGUGACGUGGAGUUUGCAAGCACACUUUGUGGGAUGUAUGAACUGCCAUGCUUUUCUUAAUCCAGGGGUGGCAAAUCUCAGUUGCAGGGACUGAAUGCGGCCCCCGGGUUCCUCUUUCUGGCCCACACACCCUUUCCCCAUCUUUCUGGAGUGUUUCUGUCCGGUUGGAAAGUGCCCUUGAACAUCGAGAAUGUCUCUUUCUGGCCCGGAUGGAGGACACAAACUCCUUGCUCGGUUGGACGUGGGAGAUGCUUUUUCAUGGGGGCCGCACUUAACUCCCUCCUUCCUCUUCAGGGUCUGAGUGCAAGCCGGCAGCACAGGAUUUCCCCGGCAGCCGGACCACCCCGGCCUCGGGUUGCAGCAGCCCAGACACCUUGUCCCCGUCCUUGACCGCGGAGGAUGAGGUCUUCUUUGGCAGCAUGGCGGAAGAGAGGGUAAGGAAGCACCAUGGGAUCCGUCCCAGCAGUGGGCUGCGUUGCCUGGGUGAGGAGCCUUGGGCCUGGGAGCAGGAUGUGGUCCUUGAAACCCCCUCUGCCGGACCCGUCGGCCUCCCCUCCAGGCCAUGUCUCUUGCCAGCCCUCCUUGAGAGUUUCUGCCUGUCUGAGAUGUGCCUCUGGGCUCCAGGGAUGUCUCUCAUUUGUCUGGACGGAGGGCAGAGCGAGGGGGCAGAAAGCAGCCCGCAGUCAGCAUCAUGGACUGGUUGCAGGCAGAGGAAUAGUGAGAGGCACUAGCUGGGGAACUCCCAAGUGAAGAAGGUGGCAAAUAAAUGUAAUAAAUAUAAUAUUUACUGUGCCCCAGUCUCUGUUGCCUUUCUAUCCCUCCAGGGAGCUUGAGGGUGGCAGCACCCUCACAGCACCCCUGCGAGGUAGGCCACUCUGACCCCUCCCUCCCUCUCUCUCGGCAGGAGGAUGCCUCCUCUCCAGAACAGGACGCCUCCCCGGGCACGAUCCACAGCAGUGCGGAGGACCUCCUCUCGAUAGACUCGGCUCUGCAGGGCUCAGAGUAUUACAAGGACUUGGGACUCUCCUGGCCGCCCAUGGAGGCUGCUGUGGCUGGUGGUGCGGCUUCCGCAGUGGCCUUCUCCCUCGAACGGACAUCCCGGGGAGCCGCUGGCUGUUGCACAUUGGCUGAGAGGCCCAGGGGCCACGGUGGGGUGCUUCCCCAGGCUCCUUGCCCCUGUGGCCCUGAGGGGCAGGCCAGCUUGGACGCGACACCUCACUACCUGGAUGCCGACUGUGCCUGCUCGUGCGGAGCCGGGGGCCGGGGGGCCUUCUCCGGGGAAGAGUCGGGAGCUGCCCUGGAGGGCACGGAAGCAUUUCCCAUUUUGGCCCGGUCCAUGUCCACCUCUCGGAGGCACAGCUGGGAGGCCCCCUUGUCUCCGACGGACGGCCAGCGCAGGUGAGUCUGGCUAGGGUCAUGCCAAAGAACCCCUUCUCCAUACCGGCUGGUGAGGCCUUGCUGGGGGUGGCACCGCCAGGGGCAGCCCAGUUGGCCUUGACUUGCAACAGGGCCUUUUUGGUAGUGGCUCCCCAAGUGUGAAAUUAUCCUCUAUAGUGAGGCCUGAAGGAGCCAUUCAGCGGGUCGGAAGUUGGGGGAAAGCCACCCCUACUGGAGCCUUCUGCUCAGGGACACACUCUGCGUGUGUUCAGAUGAACAGGCUUGCCUGGGCCGAGCCUUUGGCUCUGUCGGGUGUUUCUUUCUUCCAUGAGAUUUUCUGGGGCAGCCUUGACAAAGGAGACGGUCUCUGUUCUUUCUCUCUCUCUCCCCAACUCUCUCUGACCUGCUGUCAAGAUGCUGCUUCUCAUCACCCUGAAGAGCCUCGCGGACGCUGUGCGGUUGUGGGAAAAUAGCUCCACUCAGACAAAAAAUAAACAGUGGAAGGGGGGCGGGAAGAAGCCUCCUCCUCCCAUGGUUUCGCCUCUACUUGGAAACAGGCCCGCUGAAGUUAAUGGGCCUAAGUUAGUCAUCUCUCCAUGGAAGUCAAUGGGUCUGCUCUGUGUCAGUGGGUCUACAGCCCCGUCUCCCUGGCCUCGCAGCCAGGCUGGUACAAGCAAGCCCUCAUCCAGGCUUCCUUCUGGUGGAGAAGGAAAAACGUGGGGAACCACAGAAUUGCAGAGUUGGAAAGGAACCGCGAGCACCUUCUCAUCCUGGGCAGUGCAGGGAUCUUUUGCCCGACGUGGGGAUCAGACCCACGACCCUGGGAGGCGGUUUGGCCCUUUCUGGGCUCGACUCUUUUAACCUAAGGCAGUUGACGUGAAGGAGGAGGGAAGGCUGGACAGCUGCUGCAUCCUGGUGGGGUGCUGAGCCUGCAGCUGGGAAAUGGGGAUCCCUGAUGGCGGCCGAGCCCCUCUUAUCUCCCCAUCUGUGAGCAUAAGAAGGGCAUUGACCCACCCUGCGCAUCAUCACAGCAGUCAACCCGAUGCCUUGACACGAAGCCCGCAAGGAGGCCAGGAGAGCCUCUGUGAAACCUCCCCUCCUGUGGUUUCCAGAGUUUGUUAUCCAGAAGCAUUAACUGCGGAAGGCAGAGCGACUGCCACGAACGCGUCCCUUCCUCUUAAAGCCACCUGAGAAAAGGCGACAUGGCAGGAGUUUAUAAAAUUAUGCGAGGCAUGCAGAAAGUGGAGGCAGGUCCGUCUCCUCCCUCUCAGAGGUGUACCUGGGCUCCUUAAGCAAGGAGCUGUAAUGACGCCUCCGAAGCUGAGAGAGACAGGAAACUCAAAAGUUUGCUUUUGGCGCCUUUUACACUCCGCCAGCGACUUCCUCCGCAGCCAUUGGAGUCAGGCCUGCUCUCCUCCUCCUCUACUGUUGGUCCAUCUGCCUGACUUCCUUGUAUCUGUCCUCGGAGUGGAGAGGAGAGGUUUUUGUGCCGCACUCCUGGGCCUGCGUGCUGGGCGGGCAACCUGUUCAACCUCCGGUACAGCCUUUGUUCCCUCUCUCAGAACACUUGUGAAGGUGAAUUUUGGAAGGUUCUUCUUCAUGCAGCGCGGAGCCAAACCACGGAAUUCCCUGCCGCAGGAGGCAAGGAAGGCCAGCAACUUGGAUGGAUUUUUAAAAAGGAUGGGACAAAUUCCUGGAGGAGGAGAGGGCUAGUGAUGGCCGCUAGCCAGGAAGGCUCUGAAUAUCAGCUGGAGGGGAGAGUUGCUCUUGCGCUUUAGCUGGGAAUGGGGGCAUCUGGUCAGCUAUUGUGAGGACAGGCUGCUGGGCUAGAGGGGCCCCUGGCCUGAUCCUGCAGCCUCUCCGACACCACCUGACCACCCCUGCCUAUGCCACUACUCAGCUCUUGCCUUGCCACGGCAUGUGCCCUUGAGUCAGCUGCCUUGGGCGACGGCCUGCAUAUUCUGCCAAGUGCCCCCCGUUUGCUCCGGUGACCCCAGGCCUCGCAAAGCCUGCUUGGCUCCUGUUUCUCAUUCCCGAAGUGACGCCGCUCAAAAGCCAUCUCAUUUAGGGUGCCAAGCACCAGCGACAGAGACAGAGACAGCUUUUGGGCUUUAAAACCUGCCCUGCCACUUCUGCAGAGUGGAAACGUUGGCAGGGCCUGCAAAGGAGAAUUAAAAAUACAUUUUGUUCCGCGGGGCUACGGAACUGAUGCCAGGCGGCCACCCUUUUUAAGGCUGCGGCUGAGCAGAUCUCUCGCGGGGAGAUGUCCCUCCCCUGCGGCUCCGAAGGGGCACUAUUGAUCGGCCAGGCGAGAGAGGGGCUAUUUUUAACUCUCCCCUCCAUAUAAGGUGCCAGGGCAGGGUGGGGGUGGGGGAAACAAUCUCCGUUGGCGAUCUUGGCAGGGCUCUCUUGUCGAAAAGGGGCAGGAGCUGCGCUGCUUGUGUCUGAGGCCUGGCAGACGGGGCAACACUGGUGGCAACCUGAGCCAAACUUGAGCACAGAUGAUUUUUAUUUUAUUUUUGCAAGGGGGCUGGAACACCUCCCUGCCCCACAUCUGACCAGCCCUCACCAGUGAGCACAAAGGGGUAGAAGUAUCCGUACAUUUCCUUCUGCCAGUUUCUGUCAAGCUCCCUGCAUUUCUUUAUAAAUCCUCAUUUUAGGGCAAAUUCUGCCAAUGCGCACUUUCUUUGGUGACUGUAUACGUUAUUUGCAAGAUAUCCCUCCUCCUCUAAUGCAUUGUUGUGUAUUAUUUUCCAUUAACAACAUAUUCAUUUCCAUGCCAGCUUCCCUCUCCAAUAUGCCCGUUUUCCACAAAAGGUUCUCUGCUUGGAAAACGGCCUCGCAGGUUUCAGAGGAGUGUGGACUGUGGAGGGAGUCCUGCAUUUCGGUGCUCACAGUGUUCUGGAAAGAGUGGAUUUGAUCAUCCCGGCUUUAAAUGUGAACCGGGUCGGAUUCCUCCCCCAUCCCUCAUCCCUCAAAGAGGGCUUUGCCUCCCUGGCUGUCGAGUCUGAAAUUUUGAUGGGGAAACUUGAGCAAGGAGCUGUAAGGGGUGGGGAGAGUCAGGACUCGUCACUUCCCCCAGGGAACCUCUGACUAGGAUGGCUUCAGAAACAGACGAUGAGACGAACCCAAGGAGGAUAUCGGUGACUCCUAACUGCAGUUUCCCUCGUUGUGACGCACAGCCGCCAAACCUCUCCUUCCUUCCCCAAAACAACCAGGUUCAGCCUGGACGCCUCCGAAAUGGGAAGCGACGCGGAGCAGGAGGAGGACGAAAAGGAGAAGCCGCCUCCCGAUCCACCACACGCGCCUCUAGCAGGACUAGCAGCUUGGAGCGGCGUCGGCGGCAGCAGCAGCAGCAGCACAGUGAUCAAAGUGGAGAUCGAGCCCUUGCGCCUGGACCUGGGCCUCAUCCAGAAGCCUGGCAAAGACGUGAGUCGCCUUAGGUGGUAGCGAUAACGCAGAGACUUAUCUGGCGUACGAGACGAGGUUCCGGGUAUUAAAUAAGAAUAAUAAUUAAUAAUAAUACUAUUUUGCAGCAUGAAGUUUUCCAUGGAAAGGGAUUCAACCAGAUUUGUGGUUCGGGGAUGGUUUUGGAAUAGGAUUCAAAGCCCUAUGGGGCCCUUCAUGCUAACAGAAUCUCCUUCCUUCCUUCCUUCCUUCCUCCUCCUCUUCCUUUGCUUUUCCCAGGGUUUCAGCAGUGGUGGAGGGAAGCGGUUGAGGUCCAAGUCUGUGCCGGCCCCCUGCGAUGGCGCCUCCUCCUUGCGCAUGUCCCGCAGCCUGGAGGUCUCGCUUCCGGUCACCAUGGGUCAGUGGUCCUUGUGGGACAUGGUCUUUAUUGCAUGCAGGCACAGUGACAGGAGGGGGAGGGGGCUUCUUGUCCUGCCCCAAAUUUGGUGGGACUCAUUUAUGCAGGCUGAUGGGUCCAGACCCAAAGAAAGGGAACUCUCCGUUUUUCCUUAGAAGUUGUUUUUGGAAGAGAGGUUCUCUCAGGCUUCUCCCUACGGCGAAACCAUCCAAGGGAGUCUAUAGGCCUUGAGCUGGAAUUCUUGGGCCCUUCUGGAGACUGCCGCUAUUUCAUUUCAUUCAUUUUAUUUAUAUAACGCACCUCUAUCCAAGGACCAUAGGGAAGUUUGCAGUAUGAAAACACCAAACCGUGUUUGUGGAUGGGGAUGCAAAUCACACAGCGGCAAAUUUGGCUUGCUUGAUCAAAGCUGCUUUGGCCAUCUGGCGCAAUAACCCCAUUCCCGCACCUAUCCCACCCCAAAAAUAUAUCAGCCUCCCUUUCUCUUUUGCCAAGAAGUUGCACAGGAAAAUGUGGGGGUGAUGGCACGUUGCUCUGAUGCCGUGUCGUUUUAACUUCCCUGUGCAAGUAAGUCGGAACGGAUGCUCAAGAAGCGCGAGACCUCAUGUAAUCCAUAUGCCUCCCCCGCUCCGCCACAAACUUUCAUGCAGACAAAUCAGGAUGUGGGGCUGUUGUGGUUUUGUUUUUUCAAAACACAAAGGCUGAUCAUUUUACAAUGUGAUCAAUUUAUCCAUCUUUUCAAAUAAUAAGUACCGUACUUUUCCAUGUACAAGACUAGGUUUUUUUCUUUAAAAACUAAGCUAAAAAGUGGGGGUCAUCUUAUACAUGGAUAGUGCAUAGGGUGGAUAAUUAAUUGGCUGCUGCCGCGGCUGUCAGCAGCUAUUGGGCGUGCUAUUGGCAGCUUCUGCUGGCAAGGGGACAGACGAGAGGCGGAUUUUUUAACACGUGCGGGUGAGUGAUUUUCAGCAACACCCCCCAUAAAGCUCAACAACUCUAUGCCAUCUCCCCCCAUUUUCUUAAAUUUGUGUGUCCCCCCCCCAAAUAUACAUGGGAAAGUACAGUGAAUAAAUGUUGCUGCUUCUGGUGUUGCAUUUCAGGGAUCGCGCCCCCGGUGCUGGAGCUGAUUGAAAAGGAGCAGGUAGCCCCGGAGCAAGUGUAAGUGGCCUCUGCCCUUUGCCCCCAGUUCACACACCCCACAGACUCUGAGGGUGCCCCCCAAACACUUCCACCACCGUCUGCUCUGAAGCACUGAGUAGGGCAGAACUGGAGAGCCCCCUCCCGCAAGGACCCAGGUCCGUUUGAAACGGAGCUGUGAGGAAUCUCCCGCCGGGAAAAUUGGCCUGAUGUAUUUUAUUUACACCAUAGAAUUGCAGGGUUGAAAAGGGACCAUGGGGGUCAUUUAGUACAACGCCCUGCAAUGCAGGGAUCUUCUUUUGCACUUGAACCCACGACCCUGAGAUGAAGGGUCUCGUGGUCUACCAGCUGAGCUGCCCAUGGGUCCCAGGAAAAGAUCCAGGGCUGUGGACAUAGCUGCACCCCUGACAAAGGCGGGGAGGGGGGCAGAUGGACAUGACACGGGCAUCAAUUCUCGCCUCAGACCGCCCCCCCUUUGUCUCUGACAUUAUCCCUUCUCUCAACAACAGGCUGAUGGUGCAACAGGUGCUGAAGGAGCUGACUCAGUACCACGGGUGAGUCUUGGGGGUUGUGGGAAUGAAUCAUCAUCUCAGAGUGGGACAGGGGGGUGGCUGGAAAAUGCAGAAGGCCCCAGAUUCUGAGCCCCUGGGCUGAGCCUGCUCCCUGAAGCAUCUCUGUUUCGUAGCCACUAUUUUGACGCUCAGCUCAGAGGAGCCACACACCCUCCUCCUGACAUAUCUCCACGCCUGGCUCCCAUUCCAGGGCGAAGCACGGGCUGUGCGCCCCCGAAGGCAAUGGCGAAGCCCCGCAGAACCUGACCUGGUUCGAGUUCCUGUCUAACGAGUGAGUGAGCCACUCUUGCGGGGUGGGGUGGGGUAGCGUGCUCCAAAGGUGUAAGGAAUUAAUUUAAUAAAGCUCACACGAGCCCCCUGAACCACCCUCUGCUCUUUCUUUCCUAACCCAGGACUGAAGACAGCGGGAAGAGCGACAAGGCCGAGAGAGGGACCAAGGUGAGGCGCCGCUUGAGCAACCUCCGCAACCGGGUCACUGGAUCGUGGCAGAAGGAGAAGGUGAGGGGCAGAGCUGGGGGGAAGUUUGGGAGGUCUUUGCUGGUUGGCUCAGGAGGGAGAGCUCUCUCCUGCUCCACCCCCAAACAGUGGAGGUGGGUCCCACGGGAGAUUUGCGGGGUGGGAAGCAGGGAGCCUGGAAAGGAGCCAGAGGCAGGGAGAGGCGGAGCUAAGGCUUCCCCCAAGGGCAGUGGCGACUGGUCCCAGAAAGGAGGCGGAGCCAGAGGCAGGGAGAGGCGGAGCUAAGGCUUCCCCCAAGGGCAGUGGCGACUGGUCCCAGAAAGGAGGCGGAGCCAGAGGCAGGGAGAGGCGGAGCUAAGGCUUUCCCAAAGGGCAGUGGCGGUUGGUGCCCAUGAAGGAGGCGGAGCCAGAGACAAGGAGAGGCGGAGCUAAGGCUUUCCUGAAAGGCAGUGGUGGCAGGUGCCCACUGGGAAAGCAAGGAGCCCUGAAGGGAGGUGGAGCUAGAAACAACAAGAGGUGGAGCUAAGACUUUCCCAAAGGGCAGUGGCGGUUGGUUCCCAUUGGAGCUUGUGAAGCAACGAGAGGUGGAGCCAACUAGUUCUAGCUUUGCCCCCCCCUUCUUGAGUUCUGCAAGGGGCAGCAAUGAGCUGGAGGAGGAGGGUCACCUCCUUGACCGGUUGUAAGCAAGACGGCGGGCAGGUGGGGGGCAGGCUGAGAGGUGGGGAGGGCCACCUCCGGCCCCUGGACCUGAGCUUGCCUUCGUUUGUCCCGGGUGGUUCCCACGGUCUGAAUUCUCCGCUCUUCUUUUCAGGGUAAGAUCAAAGGCCGUGAGAAGGAGGCGGUGGAGGUGAAGGAGCGGCCGCGGGCACUGCAUGGGCAUGAGCUGACGCCGGGCGCCUUCUCGGCCGCCGCCUGCUGCUCCCUCUGCGGCAAGAGCCUGCUGAACAAAGCGGGGCUGCAGUGCUUGAGUGAGUAGCGGCCCCCCGAGGUCACCGGGGGCUCCCCUGGCCCACGCACGCCUGCUUGGCGGGGUGGGUGGGUCCCGGGCACCGUUGCACCCUGGCUUGGCACCUGCUCCCUACAAACUCCUCUCCCUCUUCGCAUGCGAUUCCCAGCCACGGGCAGAAUUGCUUUCGGACAAAGCUGCGAGUUUUGCAGCCAAUCGGAAACAGGUUCGGUUUGGGUAUCGAUUUUGCGGGGUGGCACGGAAAGCGGCACAAAACAGCGCCAAACCCAGCACACACAACCCUGGCACCGGUUUGGAGCCAGGUUGGGUUUGGGAGCCAUUUGCUUGUGGUCCCAGUUUGAGUGUCGAUCGCUCUGUUUUUGGUGGGGAGGCGGCACAUAAUGUGGGGUUGGCAGUACAAAACGGGCACAAAAAUUUGCCGCCUGUUUGGAGUCCAUCAUAGGACCGGCAUUAAUUAACUUGUGACCCCGAUUUGCUGCGCCAAUUUCUCCAUUUGGAGGGGAGGCUCAUGAAAUGCAAGGUUUUUAGCACAAAACACGCGCAGAAUUCUGCCCGAAAUUUCAGGGUUAACGGAGCCGGCAGCCGUUGAAAUAUUGCCUUACCAUCUGGGUGGAUUUGAUUUGAUUCACGAUUUAAAGCAUUAGUAAGAGUUGAUUUAAAUCACUAGUCAGUAAAAGUUGAUUUAAAUCACUUUUUUUACAGAAAGACUCCGCCUUGCUGGUAUAAUCUUAAUAGCAGAUGCAGGUUUCAUUUUCAGGUUUCAUUUUCAGGUUUCAUUUUCAGGUUUCAUUUUUGGAAUAAUAAAUUUUCAGAGUAGUUUUUACAGUUAUAUCAAAAAUUACAGAUUUGGUUAUACUAUUAGAAAUACAUUGAAAGAUAAUUAUGAAACUGUGGUGAGGUUUAAUAAGUUAACUGUUCAUAUUUGGACAACUUUUCUGCUGUACUUUAUUUCCUUAGUAACAAUUCAAACAGUUUAUUUAACUAAAACAAUAAUAUUAUAGCAUAUGUAUCCAUGUUUGUUAACUGAUGUGGUUAAAUGGAUUUUUUUUUAAAAAAAAAGCUUAGGCUGAGUUUUAGCGCACAUGAAAAACUUUAAACAAAUCCUCAUUUCCUGAUGAAUAGCCUUUGGUCUAUAAUGUAACUUAAAUAGAAAGAUUUUUCCUCCAAAAGCAUUUUAUUUUUGAAAUCCGAUUUAAAAGAAAAACCCCCUGAUUUAACCCAGAAAAAAACUGAUUUUAAAAUUAUUAUUUUAAAAAAUCGUUGAUUUUUAUUCACCCUACUUACCAUCCACCAUGAAUCCACAUCUUAAAGCCUUUCUGUUGGUAUCUGUGCUUCAUCCGGGCGACUUCUAGGCGUGGGAACGGCAGCUAGGGAGACAAAUAAGAGGAAAUAAAUGGAAUGAUUGAGCGCAGAAUUCUAUCGCAGAAUUGGAAUAGGAUUGGGAGAAAGGGACCCCUGUGGGUCAUCUAGUCCAACCCCCCAACAUUGCGACACAUAAAUAAUAUUAUUUGUUUGUUUGCCCGAAGGCUGCAGCAUUGGAAACAAUUUGAAACAGCUUAAUGAAACCAAUGGCUGUAAUAUUUUGAAUGCGAAUUAACAGUGAUUUAAAUAAAAUUUAAAUUUUUAUUAUUAUUAUUGUAAAAACUUACAACUAAGAAAAUGUUAAGAAAUAACAAUAUGGAAAUGAAUUAAAUGCAAGAUGUAAUUUGAAGAAAAUUGGGUAUAAAAUGGUAAGAAGAGCAUUAAGUUUAAAGAUGAAAAAUAAGACAAAAAUUCAGCAGAAGUAGCAAAUAGUUAAAGAACCAGAAGAAACUGAGGGAAGUCACAGAGUGGGGGAGUUGUGUUUUAUUUUUCUCUUUUAUAUGUUAAAUGUGUUGAAUUGUAAUAUCUAAUUUAAAAAUAUUUAAAAAUAAAAUUAAUAAUAAUAAAAUUAAAAAACCUUAGUAGUUUUCAAUUACCAUCCAAUAAUAUCAUUAUAGCAAUACCAAUUUAUAAUACAAUUAUUAAUACUGAUUAAAAAAUUAAUAGAAAAAUCAAAUAUUUGUUAGCCAAGCCAGACAUUUAUUUAUUUUUUAAAUUGAGUGGCUUUUUAACGUUUGAUCAGACUUUGUGAACCGAACAGUUCAAGCAUAAAACACCAAACCUCGUAGAAUUUAAUUUAAAUCCGAGGGUAAAUAGGUUUUAUACUCAGAGCAAUGAAAGAUCAUGACUAUUAAUUUCUGAGUAGAAUUUAGAUGGAUCUGCUAAAAUGCUAAUUUAUUUCCUCAGGACUUUGCUGGAGAAAGACGCCAGCCGAAGGCGAACAUUCAAUUCAAAUUUUAUUACAUUAAGUUUAAAGGUGGUUUGACUUUAAAGCUGAGGUGAUUUUAAUGUUAAAACACUAAAACAUUAAAAUUACCUCAGCUUUUCUUUUUUCCUCAAAGGCAGCCUGUCAAACCGCCUUUAAACUUAAUCAAUGUAAUAAAAUUUGAAUUUUGUGUGGUUAAAAAUAAUUUCGCCUAUAUUAAAUGGAUCUAAAACACGUCUGCAUUCUCCUCCUUCGUUAAAACCAAGCUCUGUUUGUGGUGUUAUAUAUAUGUAUAAAAUAAAAUUUAGACACGGCCCGAUUGUUAAAAAUGAUAAUAAAAAAUCCCUUAGAGCAUUUUGUGAGGAGAUAAAACGACGACGCUGAGGGAAAUUCGCAAUCCUUCUUUAAAAUCACCUCAGCUUUUCUUUUUUCCUCAAAGGCAGCCUGUCAAACUGCCUUUAAACUUAAUCAAUGUAAUAAAAUUUGAAUUUUGUGUGGUUAAAAAUUAUUUUGCGUAUAUUAAAUGGAUAUAAAACACGUCUGCAUUCUCCUCCUCCUUCGUUAAAACCAAGCUCUGUGUGGGGUGUUUUUUUAAUAUAUAAAUUUCAUAAAAUUUAGACACGGCCUGAUUGUUAAAAAUGAUAAUUUAAAAAAAAUCCCUUAAAGCGUUUUGUGAGGAGAUAAAACGACAACACUGAGGGAAAUUCGCAACCCUGCUUUAAAAUCACCUCAGCUUUCUUUAGCGUCUCAGAGGCAGCCUGUCAAACUGCCUUUAACUUUAAUAUUAAAUACUGAAUUAAAUUAUCACAGCCACGGAUUUACACUUAAUUCAAGCUGUUUUAUGUACCGCUUAAUCCUCCGGUGUCUCUAAAGCAGCUUUACAAAGGGGCGAUGUGCGGAAAUAAUAAAUAAAAAUUGAAUAUGUGUGUGUGUGUGUGUGUGUGUGUGUGUGUGUGUGUGUAGAUAUAUAUAUAUAUUCAAUAAAUAAAUAAAUAAAUAGUCGGCGGAAACUACAAAUAAAAUACAAAUAAAUGAAAGUGAAAUAAAUUGAAAUUGAAACACAAAUAAAUAAAUGAAACGUAUUCUUCCCCCCCCUUUAUUUUGCACUGACGAAAAAAAAUGCAAAUUAAUUAGAAUAAAAUAAAAUGAAGGGGGGAAUGUAAAAACCCUAUAAAGUAGCGAGAAAAAGGAGCGUGUGUUGUUUUAUCACGAUAUUAUUAUGUGAUUUGCCGGCAUUAUUUUCCACGCAUUUUGCCCGCCAAAAAUAUAAGACCUCGAAAGGCCGACGCGGUUGCCAUAGCGACCAACCGUCGCGGGAGGAGCAGCAGCGGCGAAGUCUCGCGAUACCUUGAGCGCCUCCUCCGCUUCUCUUUACCGAGCCGCGGGAGCUUUCGAAAGGCUAGCCGUGGGAUCUCGCGAGAUCUCGGGUGGGGGGGCGUGGCCGACCUAGAGAUGCUCUCCGUGGCCUGAGGGGAGACGCGCCUCGCGAGAGCCUGCGGGAAUGGGUGGGGAAGUCUCGCGAGAUGGAGGGCCGAGGGGGAAGUGGCUUAGCGAGGAGGAGGAGGAGGAGGAAGAAGAAGAAGAAGAAGAGGCUGCGCCGGUCGGGCUUCCUCGGGGCGGCAGAAGGAGCGCCCGCUGAGAGAGAGCCGGGUAGGCGACGCGGGCCUGAACGGCCGGGCCCCUCCCGAUGACGUCUGGCCCCUUCUGAUGACGUCAGAGGUCAGUGGUAGUCAAGCUGUUAUGCCAAGCGAUGCGCGCCCCCAAAACGAGGGGGGGGGUGUUAUUCUGUGAGCUGGGUGUCUUGAACGUCAAGUUGCUAGUCCUCAUGCGUUUAAAACGGGGAGGGGAAAGCCUAUGGGGAAAGUCAAGUUCCUAGUCCUCUUGAGGAAACAGGUUCCUAGUCCUCCUGCAUCUAAAACAAGGGGGAGCCUAUGGCUCUCCCAGAUGGGGAAAGUCAAGAUCCUAGUCCUCUUGUAUCUAAAACGAGGAGGGGAAGCCUAUGGCCCUCCCAGAUGGGGAAGGUUCCUAGUCCUUUUGUGCUUAAAACGAGGAUGGGGGAGACUGUUGCUCUCACAGAGGUGGGAAGUCAAGAUCCUAGUCCUCUUGCGGAAACAAGUUCCUAGUCCUCUUACAUCUGAAAUGAGGAGGGGGAGCCUGUGGCCCUCCCAGAUGAGGAAAGCCAAGUUCCUAGUCCUCAUGCAUCAAAAAUGAGGAUUGGAAAGCCUAUGGCUUUCCCAGAUGCAGAAAGUCAAGUUCCUAGUCCUCUUGCAGAAAAUCAAGUUUCUAGUCCUCUUGUAUCUAAAAUGAGGAUGGGGAGCCUAUGGCCCUCUCAGAUGGGGAAAGUCAAGUUCCUAGACCUCAUGCGUCUAAAACAAGGAUUGGGGAGCCACUGUAGCAAGAAGAAACUGCCCACUCCAUCACCAUGGGGCCUCCGGACCCCAGAGCAUGUUUGUUGGGAUGGGGAUGCUGGAGGAAGGUCUCUGGCCAGGUGGAAGGACGUCGGUCCCUGGUUCAAAUCCAGAGUGCAAGCCCCACCCCUCCGGAAAGGGAGGAAGGGGCUCCUGUGAUGCCUGGAGAGGCCUGCCCCCCCUUUGCUGUCCUCAGGACUUGCGCCCGCAGAGCAUGGCAAGAGGGCACUGGGUCCUAGUGGCGUCCAGCCCCCUCUUCCCCCUGGGACAGAGAAAGGGGAUCCCUGGCAACCCCUCCAACAUGGGGGACCCUCAGAGCACCCAGGAUGGAGGAGAUCCUGCAAGAUGUGUGCGGCGAACAUGUCUGAAUAAGGCCAGUUGCCUGGGAGUCACAGGUGGGGAGAGCCGCUACCAUGUCGCUCAGAUCCUGUUUGCUUCUUCCCUUUGGGGCAUCUGUUUGGUGCCGGAUCCGUCCCAAGAGGGCCCAUCUAGUCCAGCAUCCUGUUCUCACAGUGACUGACCAGAUGCCCCAGAGCAGGAUUCGAAUGCAAGAUCAACUCCCCUUCUGUCGUUUGCAGCAACCAGUGGGAGGGAGUUCCACCGUUUAACAACGGGCUGCGUGAAGGACCCUCCCACUGUCUUUGGCCGCUGGCUGGGUUGCCUGAGGCAGCCGCCUCUCCCGACAGCAGCUUCCGUAGGUGUGGUUUGGCAUCUUGCCUCUGAUCGAUUCCCUCCAGCCGCUUCUGGUUACCUUUCAACGGAUGUUUUGACCAAAAGCGUUUUGGGUGAAGGGGAAGAAGGGAGCGAACGCCGACCUGGCGAAGGACAAACGCAGCGGACAAUUUGCAGUUCUGCUCUGAAGUCUAAAGUCCUCGCUGGUGCAUCGAGUUUGUGGCUGAGGGCCGUGCCACCCAGAGGCUUCUGCAAAUACCAGCCCAAACCACCUGCCAUAGUAAUAAUAAUAAUUUUAUUAUUUGCACCUCGCCUAUCUGGCUGGUUCGCCCCAGCCACUCUGGGUGGCUUCCAACAAAUAAAAAAGCAUAAUGAAAAAUCAAACAUUAGAAAUGUCUUCUAAAAGUUGUAUAGUUACAAAAACCAACUGAGCGCUCUAGGCAUCAGAUUUAGAUUAUUUCUACAGUUUUAAUUUUGGAGACAAUGUGGUACAUUAUUGGCAUGACAGUACUACAAUAUAACAAUUGUAAUAGGUUAAAGGAAAGCAUCAAUUUAUCAGUUUUACAGUUAGGCCCGAAACUAGUUUCAUUUGUCAUGACAAUACCGUUCCCUGCAGGUUCACCCAACGCCUUAAUUAUAUAGUUUCCUUUGUGUGUUUAAGACACACCUCUUUUAACUUGGACUUUUGACACAUUAGGAGCCACCCUACAAGAACACUUUUUAAAGCUGCGUUUUAAAAUGGCUCUAACCUGCCAGUGGACCUUAAAGGGGGAUAAUAAUAAUAAUAAUUGCCAGGAGGACUGGAAUCCUCUUAUUUUGUGGGCUUGCAGUGUUCGAGAGCCAAAACGGAUGAGUACCAAGGUACGACAACCAAGGUACGACUACACACAAGGCGGUUUAGGGCAACAAAAUAUACGCCGAACACACACCUUCUAAUAAAUAAUCUCCUCCACUACAAAAAGUCAUAAGGAAGCAGAACUUCAAAACAGAACGGCUUGUAUCAAAUAAAGCAAUAUUCAGUAAUCUGUUAAAAUAUAACAGUACGCAAUAAAAUUAACUCUCAGAUCAUCAGCAAAUAGAUAAAUUCCUGUCCGCGGUCACCCUCCCUUCGCCACCUCCCUCUGGCAGGGAAAUUUGGGGGUCUGUUAAUCCCUUUCCCUAAACACAGCCUGCCUCACUGUUUAUAUGCCAAGGGGUUGGAAGAAUCCCAGGAAGGGCUUGGCAGGUCUGGGAGGGCCGUGCUGGGGGUCCGAGAGCUAUACAGAGUUUGCGCGGAUGUUGAAGAGAAGCCUCUCCUCUCAGCCUCCUCUGUUCCAGCCGAAACAUCCCCAGCUCCUUCAACUGUUCUCCAUAAGGCUUGGCUUCCAGACCCCUGGUCAUCUUGGUCACCCUUCUCUGCUAAAAUCUAAAUUCUUAAUACCUUCUCGUUUUCAUUAGAAUGCAGGGUGCUUUAUUAAGCAGCGUAAAGAUUAGGUCCCUGGCCCCAGGGGCCGUACGAACACUGUGCAUGCAUGUGGCAAAAUGCGAAAUUUUGUUUAUUUGUGAUAAUGCCAUUUAUCAUCCUUAUUGUCUCAUUGACAUCCCCAGCAAAACUCCUAAUGUAUUGCAUGCAUUAUUUUUUAUCAAAGUAAACAUAAUGGUUAUAAUAAUGAUAAAGUGGAAGAGGAGGAUGGAAUUGUCAAGGUGGAAGGGAGACUGUGCGGAUCAAACCCAAAACCUUGGCGUUACCAGCGCCACACUCGAGGAAAGACCUUCCUGCUGUGUAUAUCUGGCUGCGCAUUUUCCCGGCUCUUGGAGUUUUCUUUUGCAAGCAAGGCAUGGCCAGAGGAGCCUUAACCAGCAGCUCAUGUUGUUCCCUCCAGAUGGUCCUGAACUCCAUGCUUAGCCCUGUGAUGCAGCAGCAAGCAAGGCCGGUGCAGUUCCUGGCUGCAUCCACGGAAGUCUAGCGUCCAGGUCAAGGGGAAUUAGGCAGGGCCAGAUAUCGAUAUAUCGCCCAAAACCAGUUUAAAGUCCGGGGGAAAUAGAUUGGUAUAUGCUUAGCUGAUGAUGCAUCGUGAUGUUGAAAACCAGAUAUUGCCCUAGUAGAAACCAAUCCGUAUAGUUAAAGCCAUGAUUUCCCCAGUAGUGAUGUAUGGAAGUGAGAGCUGGACCAUAAAGAAGGCUGAUCGCCGAAGAAUGGAUGCUUUUGAAUUCUGGUGCUGGAGGAGACUCUGGAGAGUCCCAUGGACUGCAAGAAGAUCGAACCUAUCCAUUCGGAAGGAAAUCAGCCCUGAGUGCUCACUGGAAGGACAGAUCCUGAAGCUGAGGCUCCAAGACUUUGGCCACCUCAUGAGAAGAGAAGACUCCCUGGAAAAGACCCUGAUGUUGGGAAAGAUGGAGGGCACAAGAAGAAGGGGACGACAGAGGACGAGAUGGUGGGACAGUGUUCUCGAAGCUACCAGCAUGAGGGAGGCAGUGGAAGACAGGAGGGCCUGGCAUGCUCUGGUCCAGAGGGUCACGAAGAGUCGGACACGACUAAACGACUAAACAACAACAGAAACCAAGCCUUAUGAGCAGCAGUUGAAGGAGCGUGCUUAGCCUGGGAGAAGAGGACAGAUGCAACAGCCAUCUUCAAAUAUCAGAAGGGCUGUCACAUUUAUAUAUAUUUUAUUUUUACCGCUCCAGAGGGGAGAAUUCAAACCAGUGGGUUCCGUGACAAGGAGCUUGCAACCAAAUACAGUGAAACCCGGAAGUAAAUGAUUCGGUUUCCAAACGGUUUCCGGAAGCCAAACGCGGCUUCCGGUUUGAGUUUCCCUGUUGUGUUGAGGCUUCCGCUUUCAGUUUUCGAAUGUUUUGGAAGCCGAACGGUCUUCCGGAACGGAUUACGUUGGAAAACCGAGGUCCCACUGUAGCAGGAAGCUGUUUCUGAGUGUUAAGAAGGGUUUCGACGGGGGGCUGGACUCCCCCAGUAGUUGAACUCUCCUCAGUUGGAGGUUUUCAGACAGAUAUUGGGGCCAAGGAUUCCUCAGCUGAGACUUCUGCCUUGCAGAGGGUCCCUUCUGCACCUGCAGGCCUCAGCUGGGUCUCGCUUUCUUUGCCCCACCUGUCCGGACACGUGCGCUGGGAGCGGUCCCCUCCUCACCCCAAGCCACUAACCGCACUCCAUUAAUCCUCCCUGUAUUUCGCCCCCGAAAGCCCCCGCAGGAGUCUGUGUUUUUAAACAAGGCAGCAGGAGGGGAUCUCUGGAGUCCGGCCUGUUCGGUUUUUGUUUAUUUUUGCCCUUUCCCACUUCCUAGAUGCUCAGAAUACCUUUCGGGGUGAGGUCAUCCUAGGCACGGGAGUUCCUGGUUUCCUUCACCCUUUCCUUGCUGAUUUAAAAAAAAAACCCGUUCCGAUACAGCUGGUUUUGAGGCUGAAACGUCUUUCACCUUGGGACUGUUGGCUUUGGAAGGAGGCGAAGGAACCUUUGCAGGUAGAAAGAGAUGCCUUUUUGUGGAGCGGGGGCCAUUUAGAGAUUAGCUCAGUGGCUCUCACCUGCCUCCCCCUCGCUCUUUCUAGACCCCAUCCCCUUUUAGCAAUGCGUAUAAAACAGAGCAGUUAUAAUGGAUGAAAAGUGAAAAGUGAAAAACAUCUGGCCUGCUCGGUCGGUAGAGCAUGCGACUCUUUAAUUCUCAGGGUUGCGAGUUCGAGCGCCCCGUUGGGCAAAGGUUUCCGGCAUUGCAGGGGGUCGGACUACGUGGCCUUUUGGGCUAUAAGCGCUGCCGCCAGGCUCAUAAGCAGCCGCUCCCCUGUGGCGAGCGGAGAUCUUCUCCAGGCGAACUGGCUUGGGGAUGAACAGAAGGCUCCUGUUUCCUUGUUCCCCGAGUGCCCAGGCACACAUGGAAUUUCUGUUUUUAUCUCCCAAGGAGGCUUAAUUCCCCGGUGCCCAUGGGUUUGCAAAGCCAGUUACCCCCUGACUACGCACCUCUGGCAUUUGGGGUUGUUAUUUGGGGGCCUUUGAAGCAGAUGGCGACUACUCCCCCCCCCCCUGCUUUCUAAGCAGCUCCGAACGUUCGCUGCCCUCAUUCGCAUGUGGGGCGGUUGCCCCACCCAGUUUGUAGAAGGGUCAGACUGGGAACACCCUGCUGUGGGCUCCCCACCCCCUUCCCACCGGCCUCUGUCUUGCGUGAAUUGCUUAAGCCGGUUCAGCUUGUCUUGGAGACGGCAGCCUCCGAUUCCGGGCGUCUUCUGUGCUUCCGGCAGCGGCAGGACGAAGGCAGCAACAAAACUGGCGGUUGCCAGUUCAGCAAGAGCUUGCAAAGCCCCCCCUCGCUUUCAGAGGGGGGGCAUUUGCUGUGGACGCAGCUCUGUGUGCUGCCAUAUUCCCCCCCCCUUCGGGGGUGGGUGGGUGUGUUUUAAGCAAAGAGCCUCCUUAUCCGAGGAACCUUGUUGGAGCAGCCAAACUGUCUCUGGAGGUUCCCAGGGUCAUCCUCUGCCACCUUCAGACCUAAGGAUUUGGCAUCUCAGCCUGAGAGCCAGACUGACCACAGGCCUGGAUGAUGGACCCGUGGCCUAGCUUUCAAUGUUUUCAGCAUUUGAUGUUUGAUCGUGUUUUUAAUACUCUGUUGGGGCUGCCCAGGGUGACCGGGGAAACCCAGCGGGGUAUAAAUAAUUUUUUAAAAGGUCAAGGCCCUGUGGGCAGUUAAGUCCAGUCCAAGGCAACUAUGGGGUUGCGGCGCUCAUCUCGCUUUCAGGCCAAGGGAGCCGGCGUUUGUCCACAGACAGCUUUUCCGGGUCAUGUGGCCGGCAGGACUAAGCCGUUUCUGGGGCAACGGGACACCGUGACGGAAGCCAGAGCUCACGGAAACGCCAUUCACCUUCCUGCCACAGUGGUACCUAUUUAUCUACUUGCACUGGUAUGCUUUCGAACUGCUAGGUUGGCAGCAUCUGGGACAGAGCAACGGGAGCUCACUCCGUCGUGGGGAUUCAAACCGCCGACCUUCUGAUCGGCAAGCCCAAGAGGCUCAGUGGUUUAGACCACAGCAGCACCCCUCUCCCUUUUUAUGAACAAUAAAUAUUAUUAUUAUUAGCAUGGGAUCAUAGAAUCAUAGCUUUCUGGAGUGGGAAGGGAUCCUGAGGGUCAUCUAGCCCAACCCACGGCAAUGCAGAAAUAUUUUGCUCCCCAUGUGCUCGAACCCACAACCCCGAGAUGAAGAGUCGCGUGCUCCACUGAGCUAUCCCAGCAAUCAGAAACUCAGAUUUAUAAGCCAGGCGUCAAAUGGCUCCAUAAACCAAUGGAAUGUCUAGUUGCCGUUUAUUUAUUAAAAAGUCUUUAUUUUUCAAAGGAUGGACUUGCUGUGAUUGAUUCUCAUUUAAAGAUCUGGCUAGUUCAGAGGACCUUGAGCUGUGUGAAGAGUUUUGAGAACUUAAAAGAAAAGUCCCUUUCUCCUGGGACAUUUUGGCAGUUGCUGUUCCCUCCUGCGACAGGGAGUUCCACAGGUGAACCACAGGGCUUUCUGCAGGUCCGUCUGAGCGCUGCAUGUGCUCAAAGUCAUCUCUGGGGCACUUGGCGUCGGCUUGCGACUUGUGGGAUCGGCCUGGCGAGAAGGAAGACCCAUGCUUCUUUUUCUUCUUCCCCCUCCUCAGAUUGCGCAGUAAACGUCCACAAAAACUGCAAGACCCUCUUGCCUGAAUGCAGUGGGGCCAAGCCCAAGGUAAGCCACCUUCCUCCUUUUCGAUCUCGGGCCGGGGGAAGGCGGGGAGACACAGAAAGAGCUCUUGGCUUCCCUUCAUCGCCAGCUAAACAUUGCGAUAUAGAGAGAAGAGAGCAUGACAUCUGAAAUAAGGGCAGGGCUAUGCAAAGGCAUCGGCUGGCUUCGCGGUUUUCCCCACACCCUGAUUUUUGCCUUGCCUGUUCUUGUUUAGGGAAGUUUUUAACGUCUGAUGUUUUAUCGCUUUUUUAUCAUAAUCAUCAUUAUUAAUAUUCUGUUGGGAGCUGCCCAGAGUGGCUGGGGAAACCCAGCCAGAUGGGUGGGGUAUAAAUAAAUUAUUAUUAUUAUUAUUAUUAUUAUUAUUAUUAUUAUUAUUGCAAUUCGCUGAGUUUGCUGAGUUAACAGGAGCGGCAAGAGUCAAGAGAAGCCUUGGCCAGCUUAAUGCUUUUCCCCAAACAGUGGUACCUUGGAAGUCGAACGGAACCCGUUCCGGAAGUCCGUUCAACUUCUAAAACUUUCAGAAACCGAGGUGCGGCUUCCGAUUGGCUGCAGGAAGCCCCCGCAGCCAAUCAGAAGCCGCGUCGGACGUUCGUCUUUCAAAUAACGUUCGCAAACCAGAACACUCCCUUUUAAGUUUGCGGCAUUCGGGAGUCGAAACAUUCGACCCGCAAGGCGUUCGGAAUCCAAGGUACUACUGUAUUGUGAUAUUUGCAUAGCGCGCAAACGUCACAAUUCACGAUAUCUUGCCACAGCGAAGCCCUUCAAGCCCCGCUUCCUGUUAUCAUUGUGUUGUUUCUCUUCUUCCUUCCCUCCCCUUUUCUAUCUUGCAGCAAAGAGAUUCGUUCCUCCGCCCUCCCAGCUCUCCACCCAGUUCGCUCCGGAGCUACAGCCCAGGUUCGUACCCCCAAAUAAUCUGUUUCCGCGGCUCUGACUUUGCUUGCAGACGGGGCUGUGGCUUUUCCCCCUAGGAGGAAAGGCGGUGGCGUUUGGGCCUUGUCAGUUCAGAGGAGAGGCAAGGAAGAGGCCACCUGGUUGAAGUAAAAUCACACCUGGCGCAUAGCAAGUGGGCACAGGAGCUCGCGGGCACCCGAAUGUCAGAAGACCCGGAACCGGCAGGAGGAAAUAUUGCCUGCAGCGCAUGGGUAGACUGUGGAACUACCUGCCACAGUGACGGCCACCGACUUUUUAAAAAGAGACUGGACAACUUGGUGGAGGAGAAUUGGGCUAUGAUGGUUCAGAAUGCUUCUGAAUCUCAGUUUCUGGAAACCACUGGAACCAGUAGAGAGAAAGCUCUUGUGCUCACAUCCUGCUUGCGGGUUUCCCAUAAUAGGCAACUGGUCAGGAACGCUACUAGAUGGACCAUUGGCCCGAUCGAACGCUACAAAAGUGGGGGGCGCUCGGCAGCCCAGAAAGUGGCUCCCCCUUUUUCCCGCUCGGGAAAGCUCUAGAACGCUCCGGAGUGGCCUAAAAUCGCCCCAUGUGCGCCUUUUCAUGCUUCUUCCCCCCCCCCUUCAUCUCACCUCAUUGUGAAACCUCGACAAAAAUAAGGGAACGAAAAAUAUCACAGAGCCCUGAGAAAAAUCGAUAAGCUGUUUUUCCCCCCAUCGAUCGCUUGCUUGGCAGCUGUGAAACGGGGGAAAAUAGAUAUCUAUCUAUAUAUUACCAGGUUGGCUGUUUGUGCAUGCGUGUUAAAUUGUGCCGGUUUUCUUGGCUCCCGGCACUGAGUGGGGCUAAAAAAGAAGAAGAAGGAGCUGGGUAAGAGAUUGGAGGCGGGUUGGGGGGGGGGAGAACGGGCCUUUUUCCUCUCUGCCUAGCGGGUGAAGCAUCUCUGCGGUGCGCAGUCUGGUCUGUUGGGAGAAGCGGCCAGGGAAUCAAUGUCUUUCCUCGGCAGCCUGCAGGCUGUGCUAAUUGAACUCAGAAAACGGCUUGCCUUUCGGGGAGCCUGGCUUGUGGGGGGCAGGAGGGGGACUUGGAGGGGGGAGAGCCGUCCGGACGAGAAACCAUUUUGGGGGCCGGCGGUUCUCCCACUCGCCUCGUGGCGCCCCCAAGCCAGCGGAGGGCAGAAAAUGAGAUGGAGGGGGGCAUCCAUUGGACGGCUCCAGGGCUGUGGAGUUUGCAUGGCUUUCAGCUUGGAAUGGGGGAUGGAAGCACCUGGGGGCACGACUUCGUUUCGCCAGCCGUGGGCCUGCGCGGCGAGAAUCGUUUCUGUGACGGAUGUGGGAAGAGCCUACCUUAUCAGGCCCCUCCAGGCCAGCUUCCUCGUCUCACGGCGGAGAAAUACCCCCAAGAACCCAGAAAUCGAGGUAGACUGCGCCCGGAGCUGGAGGCUCUAUAAAAGCUCGAGCCGAGUCCGGCUGCCGCAGCAUCGAACCAGCCCAGCCUCCUCACAGUGGCCAACCGGAUGACUCAAUGGGAAACCCGAAAGCCGGAUUCAAGUGCGAGAACCCUCUGUCCUCCUGUGGUUCGCAGAAACCAGGUUUCAGAAGCCGAGCCGCUGUGGCCGGAGGCCUUCGACAGCCCUCUCCUCCAUGGAUUUGUCUCUUUGCAAGCCGUCUAAGGUCAGUGUCCGCCGUGGCCUCCUGCAGCAGUGCGUUCCGCAGUUCCGAUCUUGCACUACAUGAGCAAGCCCUUCCCUUUGGCUACUUAAAGCUGCUUUCCUCCUUCCGGUUUUUUCGCCCAAAAACGUAAGCUCCCCACGUGCAGAUAAAACCUGCGUUGAUCUUCCCAGCGUCUGGUUUGGGAGAAAAGAUUGGCAGAGCUUCUUCCCUGGCCUGAUCCGCACCGCAUGCUGCCUGCCGCUUUCCCCAUAGCACCUGCAGGCUGCAGUGCGGAUGAGAACGGCCUGUUCUUCCGCGCUGGGCGACUGAAGCAAGGUUGCAUCCUGGGAAAGGUUUUUCUCCUCCUGCCGCUUGCAGUUUCCCUAGAGCUCCGUUCCAGCAAAACAGGCUUGUCAGGAGUAAACAGACCCCCAUGGGGAGAGGCCGGCCAGCCUUGCUGUCUUCUUAAUAUUAUUCCCAGAAGCCCGAUAUCCUCAGUGCCGCCAGCACUGUCUGGCAGCAGCUGUUCUCAGGGCUUCAGCUGGGAGUCUGCAGGCAAGGGCAUCGCUUCUUUGCUCAGCUGCGGUGCUUGCCUUAUGAAUGACGCAAACCCACCCCCCAAAGUCCUUGCAAUUCCAAGUUAGGUCCUUGGUCUGUUGAGCUUGGACUCGGCAGCAGCUCCCCAAGGUUUCGGAGCCAGGUCUACCUCCCCAUUCGAAAAUCCCCCAGCACAUUUUGCACCUGGCUUUGAACCUCUUGCGACCCGCUGACGUCUCCGUCUGGCAAUCCUUGGGUCAUUCCUGUUUCCACACGCCCAGACCCCAUCCUGUUCAAUUCUAUCCCUGGUGUUUCAUCUGCACAACGGGAAUGAAAUUUGGGGACCCAAAUGCUUCCUCUGGGUAUCCCAAGCAGGAGCAGCAAACGACGUUAUAGCGGAUUGUUUGCCGCUUGCCGUUGGGAAGGAUAUCAGAAUAGACCAGGCUUCCUCAGCCUCGGCCCUCCAGAUGUUUUUGGCCUACAACUCCCAUGAUCCCUAGCUAGCAGGACCAGUGGUCAGGGAUGAUGGGAAUUGUAGCCUCCAAACAUCUGGAGGACCGAGUUGGAGGAAGCCUGGAAUAGACCAAUAUAUCGGUGGACUGUCCCAGGAUUGAGAGAGUUUCCUUUUAGUUAUCAGAGCUCUUAACCCGGUUCAAGGUAGUCCUCUGAACUAGCCAGGUGAGAAUCCAUCCCAGUCAGUCCAUCCUUUGGAAAAUAGGACUUUAGAGCCGUCUUGCCCAAAAAUGGCACCUGGCCUUUCCGUUUUGGCAACUGCCACCCUGGUUUAAGGGGCUGUUCGGCAGCCAGCUUAUAUAUUUUGAGUUUCUGACGCUUCCCCUCCUGGCUGUGUGUGUGUGUUUGUGUGUCUUCCCUCCUCCUUUCCUUGGCCACAGCAGUGUGCAAUUCUUAAUUCGAUUCCUCCCCCCCCCUUAAUUGCCAAUGUCUCCAGCCGAUGAAACACGGCCUCCCCCUAAUUAUAUUUAUUUUACACUGGGCCGUUUUGUGCAUCAAACGCCACGGAGGGCAAAUGCGCCUUGUCCGUUUGCCGACUCGGCUCGUCUUCCAGCUCCUCAGAGUCUCAGUUUGGUGCGGCGGCCGUGAGCCACUCACCAUUUCUUCCCCCCUUCCCUCCCUCCCUCGCAGUUGUAAGAUAAUUCUUUGCUUUGACACAUGGGAGCAUGUUCUCCCUUUGGGAGCUGAGGUGCAAAUAAUUGCGGGCUCCGGCCGCUAAACGAGGGACUUAGCAAUUUCCAGAGCACGCAGUGGGGGCCCAAUUUCCUCCCCUCCAGACUUGCCUGCUGAUUCCGCCAAUACGCCCCCUGCUGCUGAGCGGCCGCGCUUGCCUCUCUGGACACUUCUAGAAGGGCUGGCCUGGCGGCAUAAAAGCGUGUCGUGCCCCCCGGGCCACAGUGCCGCUUUGCAGGCAUGGGCAAUGCCACGUCCAAGGGUGGCAGCGGCGCCGGCGCCGCGCCCUCCGAGCUGCUCUUCUGCGGCUCCUUCUCCAACCGCUGGAACGAGAGCGUCUUCCUGGAGAACGAGCUGCUGACCUCCCGGAUCCUCUCCGUCCUCCGGCCCCACUCGGACGGACGGGGGCUCCUGCGGGCGGCCGGGCCGCCCUUCGCCGCCCGCUUCCUGAGCCCCAACUCUGCCUUUGCCUCCGUAGCCUCCGCCUUCCGGGAGCACCCGCACGGAUCCCUCCUGGGCCCGGAUGGCGGCGCCCUCGGGAUGACGAUCACGCAGAGGGGGAGCUCGCCCACGCCGCUGGCCGACGCAGCUUCCGUCAGGGCUGCCGCUAAGCCCGGGUGAGUCUGCCCUGGGGGCUCCGGGGGUGGGGGGAGGCAGCGAGAAAGAGCGCCCCCUCCUUUGGCACAGCCCUCCUGUCUUUCUCUCCUCCUGCGAUACGAUCAUCACGCAGAACAACGAAAUUGAAAUCUACAUAAGGCAUUCAAAACCCAGCAAGCCUGCUAUCCCAACCUGGUUAGCCUCCCUUUUGCAGAAAAACAUGGGUCUAAAGGACCCCCAAAGGCAGGGAGACGCUCCCCCCCAAACCCCAGACUUGUAGCAGAUGCAAGCAUGAUUUUAAAUUGCAAUAUUUCUGGCUCAUUUGGGGGGGGGACAGCAUCAGGAGAUUGCAGUCUGGUGUUUAUAGCACGAGGCUGCUGUCCAUAUGAAAUCCUUCCUUCCUUGGUUUUAUUUCUUCACUCAGCACGCGGCUCUUAAUCCCAGGUCCGUGGGUUCGAGUCCCACGUAGGGCAAAAAGAUCCUUGCGCUGCUGGGGUUGGGCUGGAUGGCCCUUGGGGAUCCCUUCCAACUGAACAACUGUAUGAUUCUUUAGCUCUGAUUCCUGCAUUUCAUGGGUUGGACUAGAGCACCCUCGGGGUAACAGAGAGAACAUUUAGAACAACAGGUGGAGAUCAGAUGGGAAGCAAAACUGUCCGACAGGCACGUAGGCUGAGUCCAGUUGCACGGGGGUUACAACUACAGAGCCCGGUUGAAGGAUAUCAGCUGUAUCUGGUUGUUGAGUCUAGUUCAAGAUUUUUCCCUGGCUCAAGAUGAGAGUCGCCUUGAAAAUGCACGUGCAAUAGAAGAACUCCAAAUCGUAUAGAAAGCGCUCAGAGGUCCUAAUCCAUGUCAGAAUCUCAAGUUGUGCAUCCUUUUCUCUGUUCCAGAGAGGGGGAAUCCAGCGCCCCUCGUCCGAUUCAGGGCUGCUUCCCAUUGAGCUGGUGUGGGUCUGUUUCUCGGGGAGGUCUUGGUCUCCCUCUGCUCCGCUUUCCUAGAGAAGGAACGGCUCUCCCUUUGGGCUGGCAAACGUCUCCCGAUGCCGGCAGGAUGUGGGCCAGCCCUUGAGUGUGGGGAGUGAGAUUUCCGGGGGGCUGGAAUUUGCAAGAAUUUGCGAGGGAGAGGGGUGGGUGAGGGCAGGGAUCAGCCCGAGUUUGCCGUUGGGGACAGCAAGGAGGGUGCGCAGAGGUAUUGCCACUGGAGAGAGCGAGGAGGCAGCGAAAGGAGGUUUAUUACAUAACCGAAACGCCAGCUCUUCAAAACUCAUUGGCACACAGCAAAAUCUGUUCUCGACAUGCAAGCAAAUCUCAGCACGCAGGUUUCUCCGUCCUGUUUUUGUAAAUCUUUCUGCUGGGCCGAGACGGGCUUACAGGGUCCCGUCCCACCCCCUUGCAGCCCCAGAGAGCUUUUCUUAAUUUUUAAUUUAGAGAAAAGGAGCUGGCCAGAGGGAAAGCUUUUUUCCCUUGUCCCCUGCAACAGGUAAAAGGCAGCUCUCCCUUGAUCGGCGUGGAGUUAAUCUGCGGAACUCCCUUCCACAAGAGGCGGGGAGGGGGGCAAGAGGAGGGGGCUGUCCUGUCCUAGCCCAGGACAGCUCUGCCUCUGCCUCCACCGUCUGAGGCAGCCAUGCUGUUGAGUUCUGCUUGCUGGAAACCACAGGAGAGGACUCUUGGGUUCGAAUCCUGAUUGCCGGUUUCCCAGUGAGGCUUCUGGCUGGCCACUGUGAGAACAGGAUGCUGGAGCAGACAUUGGCCAGAUCCAGCAAACGUGCCUUAAGGCAUUGAGCUCUGGACCUGCUUGAAGCCUCCAGUGACAGAGGGAGGCGUGUGGUUUUACCUGCUUUCAGAGUUGUUGUUUGUUUGCUUUUUGCAGCGCUGAAUGUUCUCCAUAGACUCAGUGUUUUUAGAUCCUCGAUGCUGCUUUUGCCCCCCCCCCCCCGCUCUCCCCCAGUUCUUACAGUUAGUGGAGCAUGUGACUCUUCAUCUCAGGGUUGUGGGUCCGAGCCCCCUAGGCUCAAAAAUUUAGGGGGUUGGACUCGAUGACCCUCCGACUCUACAAUCCUUCUUCUUCAUCUUUCAUGACCUCCGCCGUCCCGUUCCCAAAGGUGUGAGGGGGCCCCCCCAUACCGUGUGACACCCGGCUAGGCGGUCCGACAAGGGGGGUGGCAGCUCCUCUGACGCCAGCUCUGCCUUUUCCCCUGUUCAGGCUCACGGGGGCAGAGAUGGACGAGGGGGAUUCGGGUUUCCUGAAGCCGAAAGCGGCCUCCGAGGACGUGGUCUCCGUGGCCCCCUCCACGGCGGAAUCGGUCUUUGUGGAAGGUAAGUGGGGGCCGAAUCCUGUGCCGUAGGGGUGGGGGUUGUGGUGGCACUCAGUGCGCUGGGACAGGGGAUGUUGUGUGCGAGAGAGAGAGCGUGUGUGUGUUUGUGCGUGGAGAAUCAGAAUUGUGUAGUCAGGAAGAUGCCCCUAAAUAUCAUCUAGUCCAUCCCCCUACAAUGCAGGAGCCACAGUUAGAGACAAGCGAGCGGCAGAAUUAGCAGGCUUUCGCUUUCCGGCCGUGAAAAGGCCUUUUCGUGGCCAGAGUUCUGUGUUGGACGGUGGGGAGAAACCGCCCGUCGAGCACUUUGUCUGCAGCAUCCUCUUCCUCCCCGCAGAUGCUCAGUACGCCUCCUUGCGGAACGAGCUGGAGACGGACGCCCGGGAGUUUGAGGCCCCGUCGUGGAGCCUCGCGGUGGAGCCAGCCUACGCCAAGCAGCAGGAGAGGGAGGUCGCCAAGAGGCAAGACGUCAUCUACGGUGAGGAGCCCAGAAUCGCCUCCGCGGGGCCUUCUCUGCGGCGGCUCUGGCCGGGGCCCCUUGCGCUCGGAUGGGGGGGAAGCAGGGAGCCCGACAGCAGGGGGCGCCAGAGGCAGGGAGGAGUCCCAGCUUUGUCUCUUCCCUCUGCCUGCCUGGGCGGAGUUCUGCAAGGGGAACAACAGACACGAGGAGGCAGCUGGCAGGCAGGACCCCCACUCCGGACCUCCAAGCUAGCUGGGAGGGCAGGUCCCCAUUCACACAAAUGGAGCCGCCUAAUACAGUUAUAAAAGGGGGGAAAAGGUGAAAUUGAUAGAAUGUUAGUAGAAAUAAGAGGAUCCAGAAGAUUUGCUCUUGGGGAAGCUCACCUAACAAUGUUUAGAAAAAAUAAGGAAAAGACAAGAAGUUGUUUGUAUUGUUUGUAUUUCUGUGUGUAUUGUUUAUUUGUGCUAUAAAAUGAAUAAAAAUUUUGAGGAUAAAAAAGAUCAGUUAAAAGAAGCAUGGGAAAAGGAGACAACAGGGCAGAUAGAUACCAUAUUUUUUGCUCUAUAAGAUGCACCAGACCACAAGACGUACCUAGUUUUUGAGGAGGAAAACAAGAAAAAAAAUAUUCUGAAUCUCAGAAGCCAGAACAGCAAGAGGGAUCUCUGCGCAGUGAAAGCAGCCAUCCCUCUCACUGUUCUGGCUUCUGGGAUAGCUGCGCAGCCUGCAUUCGCUCCAUAAGAUGCACACACAUUUCCCCUUACUUUUCAGGAGGGGAAAAGUGAGUCUUAUAGAGCAAAAAAUACGGUAGUCAAAGCUUGGGGGAAAUAGGGGAGAAUAGUGCUUUGAAACUGCCGUCUAUAAGAAUAAAAGGAAAUUACUAUAAGUUAGUUUGGAGAUGGUACUUAACACCAGUCAGAUUAAAUCAAAUAAACAAGGAAUAUUCGGUGUAAUGUUGGAGGGUGUGCCAGGAAACCGGGAAUUACAUUCACACGUGGCGGGGUGUAAAUAAAUGUACAGUUUUUGGGGAGUCGGGAGGGAUGCAAAGUCGGGACUCAACGGGGGCAGAUGUGCUCCCCCCUGCAGAGCUGAUGCAGACCGAGAUGCACCACGUCCGGACGCUGAAGAUCAUGCUGAAGGUCUACUCGCGAGCCAUGCGGGAGGAGCUGCAGUUUGGCCAGGCCACCAUCCUCCGCCUCUUCCCCUGCGCGGACGAGCUGCUGGAGCUGCACGGAGCCUUCCUCUCGAGGCUGAAGGAGCUGCGGCAGGAGGCGCUGGAGGAAGGCAGCGAGAGGAACUACGUCGUCCGGAGGAUCGGGGCCCUCCUGGUGCAGCAGGUGGGUCCCGGGGGGGCCCUCUCCCUCCACCCCCCACCCGCGGAACAACAACCCAAUAGCCCACCCCCAAGUUUAAAAAAACAUUUUAAAAGGGCAUAGGAUGUCAACCAAAGGUAAAGGUAAAGGGACCCCUGACCGUUAGGUCCAGUCGUGGCCGACUCUGGGGUUGCGGCGCUCAUCUUGCUUUACUGGCCGAGGGAGCCGGCGUACAGCUUCCGGGUCAUGUGGCCAGCAUGACUAAGCCGCUUCUGGUGAACCAGAGCAGCACACGGAAACGCCCUUUACCUUCCCGCCGGAGCGGUACCUAUUUAUCUACUUGCCCUUUGACGUGCUUUCAAACUGCUAGGUUGGCAGGAGCAGGGACCGAGCAACGGGAGCUCACCCAGUCAUUGCGGGGAUUCGAACCGCCGACCUUCCGAUCGGCAAGUCCUAGGCUCUGGUCUAGGGCCAUACUACCCUGAACACGCCCGAUCUCGUCUGAUCUUGGAAGCUAAGCAGGGUCAGGCCUCGUUAGUACUUGGAUGGGAGGCAAGUCCUAGGCUCUGUUGUUUAACCCACAGCGCCACCCGCAUCCCCUUUCAACGUCCACUUUCAAAGGCCUGGUUAAAAAGGAACAUUUUUGCCUGGCGCCUAAAGAUGUAUAGUGAACUUCCCUGGGGAGAGCAUUCCACAGACAGGGAGCCACUGCAGAGAAGGCCCCGCUCUCGUUUCGCCACCCUCCGUGCCUCUCAAGUAGGAGGCACACGAAGGAGGACCCCGGAAUAAGAUCUCAGGGUCUGGGUGGGUUCAUAUGACAAGAGGUAUUGCGGUCCUGAGAUGCAAUCGCCCCCCCUUUUCCCCCCCUCCUCCCCGGUUUCCAGUUCUCGGGGGAGACGGGCGAGCUGGUCAAGGAGAAGUACGGUGUCUUCUGCAGCAGCCACGGAGAGGCGGUCGCCCACUACAAAGAGCUCCUGCAACAGAGCAAGAAGUUCCAGAACCUGAUCAAGGUAAGGGGGCCAGGAAAGGAGAGCUGGGGGGGGGGGACCUUCAGCCAGCGGGGCAUAACAGUGAAGAACAGAUUACGACCUUGGGAGACCUGGGUUCGAAUCCCCACUUGGCCCUGACGCUCCUUGCAGGGAUGUUGUGAGGAUGGGAAAGGGGAGGGAGAGGAGGAGAACCUUGGAAGAAAAAAAGGAGCAUAUAAAUAAAAGAAUAAAAGGAAAUUACAGGGGGGCCUAGGUUCCCGAACGGCUUGGCUCCUGAACAAAUCGGCUCCCGAAUGCCGCAAACCUGGAAGUGAGUGUUCCAGUUUGUGAACGUUUUUCGGAAGCCGAACGUCCAACGCGGCUUCUGAUUGGCUGCAGGAAGAAGCUGCGACUUGGUUUUCGAACCGUUCCGGGAGUCGAAUGGACUCCCGGAACAGAUUAAGUUUGAGAACCCAGGUUCCACUCUGUGUGUGUAUAUAACCAAGCCUUUGCAUUCAGUGGCAGUCUAUCUCGGGAGAGCAAGAUUUGGGGGUCCGAAUUGGCCAGGUUGGGGGCCGCAAAGCCGUUCCUGCAAGGCGUAGCCCUCCCCGCCCAGAUCUCUCGUCUCCCUUGCCCUCUAGAGAAUCAGCAACUCUUCCAUCGUGCGGCGGCUCGGGGUCCAGGAGUGCAACCUGCUGGUGACGCAGCGCAUCAUGAAAUACCCCGUCCUGGUGGAGCGCAUCAUUCAGAACACGGAAGGUGCGGCUUGCGGGGGUGGUGGGAUGGGAUAGAGGACCUCUAAAGGUCUCUCCCAGCUCGAUGGCUCGAUCCCUUUCCCCCUCUCGACUGAACUUUGAGGCCCAUUCGGGUGUGGGGAGAACCCUUUCCAGCCUCAGGGGGGCUGCCUUGUUGGGGGCCCCCCUGCAUUUAAGUGGUGGGUGUGGCUAAAGGGGAAAGUGGGUGGAGCAAUGGCUUUGACUCCUCCCCCUGGGUCCUGGAAACUACAAAAGUCGCAAGGUUUCCACCAGGGUGCAUUUGAUUUAAAUUAAAUUGAUUUAAAUCACUAGUCAGUAAGGCUUGAUUAAAAUCACGUUUAUUUUACAGAAAGACUCAUUAUCGCGUGUAUAAUCUUAAUAUUUACAACCAGAUGAAGGUUUCGGUUUUGGAAUAAUAAAUUUCCAGAGUAGUUUUUACAGCCAUGUCAAGAAUUACUGAUUUGGUUCUGCUGGUAGCAAUACAUAAGACAGAUAAUUAUGAAAUUAUCGUGAGGUUUAAUAAGUUAACUGUUUAUACUUGGACAACUUUUUCUGCUGUGUUUUAUUGGAAGGAGAAAAACAGUCAUUUCCUUCAUAACAAUUUAAACAAUUUAUUUAACUAAAACAAUGACAUUGUAGCAUAUCUAUCCUUGUUUGUUAACUGAUGGGGUUAAACAAUAAAAAAAUAAAACUUAGACUGAGUUUUAGCACACAUGAAAAACUUAAAACAAAUCCUUAUUUCCUGAUGAAUAGCCUUUGGACUAUAACGUAACUUAAAUAGAAAAUCCCUAGAAGCUUGGGGGCUUCCCUUUGGGAGGGGCUCCGUUUGCCCACUUUGAGGACAGGAUGCCAGCCCAGAAAGGCCCCCGAUGGCCUAAUCCUGCAGCCAAGCUCUCCUUAGCUUCUCGCAGUCCCUGAAUGGACAGAGCCCCCGCCUACCUUAGAACGAGGAGCUAAUUCCUUCCUCCUCCUUCCUCCCCUGGUUUCUUCCCCGCAGCCGGUACCCAGGAGUACGAGGAUCUGACGCGGGCGCUGGUGCUGAUCAAGGAGGUCAUCACGGCCGUCGACGCCAAGGUCAACGAGAACGAGAAGGGGCAGCGCCUGCGCGAGAUGGCGACCAAGAUGGAGGUGAAGUCUUCGGGGAAGUUCAAGAACGGCCUGGUCUUCCGCAAGGAGGACAUGCUCCAAAGGCGGCUCCUGGUGGAUGGCGUUCUGUGCUGGAAGGCCGCCUCCGGGCGCCUCAAAGGUGGGUCCUUGCUGCUUCCCCCCAGAGUUUGCUGGGACAGAGGACGGGAUUUGCAGGCAAGCAGGACGCGGGUGGCGCUGUGGGUUAAACCACUGAGCCUAGGACUUGCUGAUCAGAAGGUUGGCAGUUUGAAUCCCCGCGACGACAGGAUGAGCUCCCGUUGCUCGGUCCCUGCUCCUGCCAACCUAGCAGUUCGAAAGCACGUCAAAGUGCAAGUAGAUAAACAGGUACCGCUCUGGCGGGAAGGUAAACAGCGUUUCCGUGCGCUGCUCUGGUUUGCCAGAAGCGGCUUAGUCAUGCUGGCCACAUGACCCGGAAGCUAUACGCCGGCUCCCUCGGCCAGUAAAGCGAGAUGCGUGCUACAACCCCAGAGUCGGCCACGACUGGACCUAAUGGUCAGGGGUCCCUUUACCUUUUUUAGUGCAGCCUCCCCGGGUGCCGGGAGUCAGCCAGCGACAAACCACUCUCUUUUAUUCGCAAGAUCUUUUCCAGCAAGGCUGCUCAGGCCUGCUUAGAGUCGGAAGGGACCCUGAGAGAACCCUCAUUUCUUAAUUUUUUAAAGUAAUUUUUAAAAACACAUGACACAAAUCCAGUGUUCGAAAAAACACACAAAACAUUUUGACUCCCACCCGGCCCCUUUUGCGGUUUCAUGCAUUAUAUCUAACGCCGCAUAUUCUUCAUUAUUAAUUAAGGUAAAGGUAAAGCGACCCCCGACCAUUAGGUCCAGUCGUGGCCGACUCUGGGGUUGUGGCGCUCAUCUCGCUUUACUGGCCGAGGGAGCCGGCCUACAGCUUCUGGGUCAUGUGGCCAGCAGGACUAAGCCGCUUCUGGCGAACCAGAGCAGCGCACGGAAACGCCGUUUACCUUCCUGCCAGAGCGCCACCCGCGUCCCCAUUAUUAAUUAGUUUCCCCGUAAAGCACAUUUUGACGGUUUGCUUUUAAGUUGACCCCGCUUAAUGAACUUGCAUGGGUGCGAUGAUUUUUCAAACCACUCACAGAUUUCCCCCCCAUCUCUGCCAAAGCGUCUUGGUCUCACUCCCGUUUCUGUCGACUUUUUUGGCAGAGAUCCUGGCCGUGCUGCUGACCGACGUGCUGCUGCUGCUGCAGGAGAAAGACCAGAAGUACACAUUUGCCUCUGUGGUACGUGGCCACAGAGCACCGCUGGGCACCGGGGCCGGGCGAUACCUGCUUCCCCAUAUAUAUCGCCAGCUAAACCUCGCGAUAACCCGAUUAUCUUACAGUGUGGGGAAGGAGGGAGGGAGGAGGCAGUUGGCAGCCCCGCAGAUGAGCAGUGCCACUAUGCGCAGUAUCUGUGAUUUUAUUGGUGUUAGCCGCCCUCAGCCUAGGGAAGGCGGGGUAUAUAUAUUUUUUUAUUAUUAUUAUCAUCUGCUGCUUCUUGGCAAGGCUGGGCGGGAGGCACACAUGGCACAGCAAACGCGGAGCCCCAGAGUCGCCGGCCGCUGGCUCACCCCACAAUAGCCAGGUGCCAUACAAAAUCAAACCCACCAGAAUGCGACAGUGAUCCAUGUGACGGUCAGCUCCAGGCUCGACUACUGUAAUGCGCUCUACCCUUGAAGCUGCCCUUGAAGCUGUCCCAGAAACUCCAGCGGGUGCAGAAUGCUGCAGCGAGGCUCCUCAGGGGGUCUCUGCCAUGGGAGCAUAUUCACCCAGUGCUUUUCCAGCUGCACUGGCUCCCGGUGGACUGCAGGGUCAGAUUUAAGGUGCUGCUUUUGACCUUUAAAGCCCUUCACGGCCUAGGACCCUCGUACCUACGGGACCGCCUCUCCCGGUCUGCCCCACGGAGAGCCUCAAGGUCCAUAAAUAGCAACACCCUAGAGGUCCCAGGCCCGAAGGAGGUUAGAUUGGCUUCAAUCAGAGCCAGGGCCUUUUCAACUCUGGCUCCGGCCUGGCGGAACUCUCUGCCUCAUGAGACCAGGGCUAUGCAGGAUCUGAUUUCUUUCCGCAGGGCCUGUAAGACAGAGUUGUUCCGCCUGGCCUUUGGCUUGGAAUCAGUUUUAAUUCCCUCCCCCUCUUUCUUUUUUCCUUUCUCCUUGUGUGUUGGAACUCCUAUUUUGGGAUUUCCCUCGCUUUUUUCUGGACCAGUCUGGAUAGUUAGCCUUGGUGAAGACUUGACGUUUUUAUCCCCAAAAAGGUUUUUGAUUGAGUUUCCACUGAAAUGAGGCUGCAUUUUAAUGUUUUAUUUUAAUCUUGUUUUUUAAGCUGCAUUUCAAUCAAUUGUUUUUAUAUUUGGCGGUAGCCGCCCUGAGCCUUGGCUGGGGAGGGCAGGGUAUAAAUAAAAUGUAUUAUUAUAUUACGUAAAUCCCAAUUGCUAAAGCACGUGAACGUAAUAGGCUGUAUGAUAACGAUUGCAAAGCUGUUUAGCGGAAUCUGCUUCUCAAGAUUUAGAUGCAGCUUCUCAUAGUGUCAAAAUCAACAAGGUGACAUAAUAUAUUAAAGUGUAGCUCAUUUGGUUGACCAUCAAGCCCAGUAUGUACAAAAUACAAAUCCUAUUUUGUCAGUGCCAUAGUACGUUGAUUUUUAAUUUCUUAAUCUUCUCUUGUGUUCUUCUGUCUGACGUAUUCCUUAGAAGAGUGACAUGAAAUAAUCUUCUAAGUGCCAUACAAGGCACAGGAGUCUCCUGGGCUCCCUCUUCUAAGGACACUUCAGAAAUAAUAAUAAUAAUAGUAGUAUAGUAGUAGUAGUAGUAGUAAUAAUAAUAAUUUUAUUAUUGCUACACCGCCCAUCUGGCUGGGUUUCCCCAGCCACUCUGGGCGACUUACAACAAACACAAAAUUGUAAAACAUUAGGCAUUGAAAAUUUGGAAAGAGGGAUUUUCAGCAGGUGUGUAAAAGGGUGUUUUGAGGCUUGCAGAGGUUGCCUGCGAAAGAUUCUUACAGGGUUUUUCCCAGAGGCCUUUGCUGCCCUGUGAUGUCAUGAUGGUGACUGCACCUCUCGCCAGAUGGGCAGGAUAUAAAUAAUAAAAUUGUUGUUGUUGUUGCUCUGCAGGACGCAAAGCCGCCGGUGAUCUCUCUGCAGAAGCUGAUCGUCCGGGAAGUGGCCAACGAAGAGAAGGCCAUGUUUCUGAUCAGCGCUUCCCUCAAGGGGCCGGAGAUGUACGAGAUUCACACCGCCUCCAAGGAGGAGAGGAAUUUCUGGAUGGCACAGAUCCGCCGGGCGGUGGAGAGGUGAGCGGGGGGGAGCUCCCUGGCCCUGACUUAUUAUUUGUACCCCGCACAUCUGACUGGGUUUCCCCAGCCACUCUGCACGACUCCCAACAGAGGACUAAAAACAGAAUUCAGGGCUGCCCUCAGAUGUCUUCUAAAAGCCAGGUGGUUGUUUAUUUCCUUGACAUCUGGUGGGAGGGUGCCACCACUGAGAAGGCCCUCUGCUUGGUUCCCUGUAGCCUCACUUCUUGCAAUGAGGGUACCGCCAGGAGACCUUUGGGAGAGGGACCCCGCUGUCCGGGGCAUAGCUGUCCACUUUUCCCUUUUCUUGUGAGGAAUAAGGGAAUUUCCCUUAGAAAAAGGAAAAUGUUGACAGCUGUGGUCCAGGGUGGAGAUGCUCCUUCAGGUUUAUUGGGCCUUUGAGGCCAUUUAGGGCUUUCAAGGCCAGCCCCAACCCUUUGAAUUGUGCUUGGAAACGUCCUGGGAGCCAAUGCAGGUCUGAGGAAACAAAGCCGUCCUAAAGAGUUUCUUGGGGGCGCUUCUGUCUUGUCCGCUCAGCUGCCCUGACGAGGAGGAGGAGCUUCUCGGUGACCCUGAAGAGGAGCGGAGGCAGGCCGAGGCGAGGGCAGUGCAGCUGAAGGAAUUCCAAGGUAGGGAGGCUUGGGCUAGCUGACCCUUUAGCAGGGGCCUGGCCUGAUUCCUACGUCCGAGCUCUUCAGGGGCUGCAAGGAGAAGGGAAUUCUGCCCAGAAGGGAGAAUUUGCCACUCUGUCUCCCCGGGAAGGGGAGGCGGCCCUACGCUCUCUGUUUUCCUGUUGUCCUUGGGUUGGCUGCCCCCACCCCUGGGUGCUGUGCUGCCCUGAACUCUGCCUCCCGCCUCUAGACCGCCUGAGCCAAAAGGACGAGCAGAUCUUGCAGAGCCUAAGCGACAAGCAGCAGAUCUACCUAGAGAUGGCGGAGAUGAACGGCUUUGAGGACCCGGCGCCCGGCUCCCGGCCCCGGCUCAUCGGCAGGGCGGACUCCCCGGAGAGCCUUCAGGGGGAGGCGAUCCUCAAGAAGGCGGUGGCGGAAGGUGGGUGCCGCGCUCGCGAGACUGCAACUCCCAGGUGCCUGGGGAGCGCCCGGCGGGCAAAGGCUCGGCCGGGCGCUGGCCUCCUCUCCUCCGCCUCCCCACCGAAACCUAUUAUUGCGUUUGCAGUGGAAGGCCUACAGAGCCUGAUCUUCACCCAGCUAGGGGGGUCCGCGGCCCCCGCCCGCUCCGAGGACACCACCGGCGGGUCGAGCCUGCUGAGGCGCGCGGAGACCUUUGGGGGGUAUGACAGCGCCACGGCCAGCGUGGCCAAAAGUAAGUGGGGGGGGGAGAGAAAGGCUUAAUUGUCAUGGGCUGGUUGGAGGCAGAGGGAUGGUGGGAGGAACCAGCUAGGGAAUCCCCAGGGGAACCCCCAUGGGAGGGAGGCCCAGAGCCCAGGAAGUGGGGGUGGGGGAAGCCUGGGAGGAGAAGAUGUUGGAAGCGGAAGAGGCAACAGGGCUUCGUGAGCGGGGAGAUUCUGUGGUAGAGAGAAGUCGAGAAUCAGAGGCAGAAGAGAUGAAGUCACAGAGGUCUCCCCACUCCUGGAGACAAGCUCCCUUCUCCCCUCGUCUCCCAGAACUUUGUUGUUUAGUCGUGUCUGCCUCUUUGUGCCCCCCUGGACCAGAGCACGCCAGGCCCUCCUAUCUUCCACUGCCUCCCGCAGUUUGGUCAAACUCAUGCUGGUAGCUUCGAGAACACUGUCCCACCAUCUCGCCCUCCGUCGUCCCCUUCUCCUUGUGCCCUCCAUCUUUCCCAACAUCAGGGUCUUUUCCAGGGAGUCUUCUCUUCUCAUGAGGUGGCCAAAGUCUUGGAGCCUCAGCUUCAGGAUCUGUCCUUCCAGUGAGCACUCAGGGCUGAUUUCCUUCCGAAUGGAGAGGUUGGAUCUUCUUGCAGUCCAUGGGACUCUCCAGAGUCUCCUCCAGCACCAGAAUUCAAAAGCAUCCAUUCUUCGGCGAUCAGCCUUCUUGAUGGUCCAGCUCUCAACUUCCAUACAUCACUACUGGCUCCCAGAACUAGGAGAGGCAUUUAAAGGGUGGAGAAGAGAUUGUCUGCACAUAGGCACAGUCGUGGAUUGCUGGGGAAAGGCAAAAGAGGAGGGGACAGGCAGCUGUCAUGGAGAGGCAGAGGAAUGGUGGGGGGCACUAGCUGGGGAACCCCCAAGGGAAGAAGGCUCAGAGCCUGGGGAAUGGGGCGACAAUGAGUGGUCCGAGGGAGAAGACCGGGCAGAGGAGUUGGGGGAAGCUGAAGAGGGAACAGGGCUUUGUGAGCGGGGAGAUUCUGUGGCAGAGAGCAGUCCAGAAUCGGAGGCAGGAGCUGAAGCAGGAGAGGAGGGAAGCCAAGAGGCAGAGAUGAAGUCACAGGGGUUUCCCCCUUCUGCGACAAGCUCCCUCUCUGCUGGUCUUCCAGAACCAAGAGAGGCAUGAAAAGCGCGGGGGAGAGGUUGGCUGCCCGCAGACAUAGUCUCCAAUUACUUGGGGAAAUCCCUGGAGAGAGGGAAGGGGACUUGGGCAGCUGAGGGCAGGCAAGGAUUUCCAGACUUGGCCACUGAUUUCGAGAGCUGCCAGAGAUGAGUUGCUGUGCUCAUCAGGCCUGGCGCUCCUGGGCAGAUUGUGUUUUUGCCAACGGUGCGGCUACCGACCAACACGCUCCUUUCACAGCACCCUUGCCUCGCCAUUCAAAGCGGGGCGCCCCCUCUCACCCCACCCCUGCCUUCUCUUCCCCAGUGGGCAGUUUCAAGAGGAAGGUUUACGGCGGGGAGCAGCGCCUGCGGGACCGCCGAGCCCCCCCUACCAACCCGGAGGACCCCCCCACGGCCGGAGGAGAGGAAGGGCCGCGAUUGGUAAGGGGGUGGGGGGGGCAGGCACCCUUGGCAAGUCACAACUAGGGGGGACCAGAGGCCGGAAGAGGUCGAUGUUUGGGAACGAAGUGUAAAACAAGCUGGUUUUUUUUAAAAAAUUAAAAUGCCCCCUCUCCUUCUGCCUUUCUGCAGGGUGACACUGUAAGGCAGGAACGUCCCAGCGGCUCCCUGGAAACAGAGUCGGAGGUAAGCACACGGGCAGGAUCCUGGGCGCUCCCUCCUGCCCUUGGGGCUUCCUAGCGCAAGGGCAUGUGCAGAGCGGUUUGGGGUCUGGGCGAAGAGAGGGAAGCUCUGGUGGGCCUGAACCAACAAGGAGAUUUUUCCCUUGAAAGACAGAUCGCCCCAAACCCGUUUGAAGUCCAUAUUGUGAUACCGGUUUCGUAAUUUUUGACCUGGCAAUAUAUCGCGGUGUUUGUGUGAUGUGCAAAAAUCACAAUGCGGGAAAAACCGGGAAGCCAGCCGUGUUUUCUCUCGAUUCCUGCAGCCCUUGUUAACUCUGCUGGCUCAGCCUUGCAGGGGGCAGCGAAUCGCGAGAGCAGUCGCCGACAAAAAUCUCAAUACAGGGAAAACCGUGCUUCCCCGUAGCUCCAUCCUUGAUUCAGACAUCGUGAUCUAUUGGUACAGUGGUGUCUUGCUUCUCAAACUUAAUCCGUUCCGGGAGUCCGUUUGACUCCCAAAACGGUUCAGAAACUGAGGCGCAGUUUCUGAUUGCUGCAGGCGCCCGGAAAUGAUAGCUGACGGCCGCGCCGGACGUUCGGCUUCCAAAAAAACGUUCACAAACCGGAAUGCCCACUUCCGGGUUUGCGCCAUUUGGGAGCCAAGCCGUUCCACUGUAUAUUGCAAUCUUUAGCUGGUGAUCUAUUGCGAUGUUAAAAUUCGGGGCUUGCCCAGCACUUCUUGACAGCCUUUUGUUUCCUCCCUCAGCUCGUCCAAAGGAUACAGACCCUCUCCCAGUUGCUUCUCAGCCUCCAGGUAAGGGGACCCCUACUUUUCCCUCUGCGCCCCCCAGAUUUAGGGCAGCAGACGGGGUCACAGGGAGCACACUUAGCAGAGUGAAACAAGGCCCUGCAGCUAGAAACCCACGGAGAAGGAUACCCCCUCCUGCCCCCUCUUGACUGUUUUCUGUGCGUCAGACGCCUCCCUCUGUCUUCGCGGAGUCCCGAGGGACCCUCUCUCUUCUACUCCGUUCAACACCUCUUGCGAUGGUUUGACCCCUUUCCAUUUUAACAGCACAGAUUCUACAAACACCAUCCUUAUCUCCUUGAAAUCAUUUCUCCUGCAUGCUCCCCGUCUUACCUUAACGGCACACGUUAAUUUAUCAUUAAUAGCCAUAUCCCACACCUCUUUAUACCAUUCUCCCAUUUUAUAUUCGGCUUGCCCCUUCCGCUUCCUAGCUAUCAUAAUUUGUGCCGCUGUCAAUGAAUUUGUGAGCCAGUCCUUCCUAGCCUGCGAACCCUCCGCCCCACCGUAAAUCGAUAAUAACGCUACCUCGGUCAGCUUUGACCCAGUGAUUUCUGUCACAGUCGGACCUCGGUUUUCGAACGCAAUCCAUUCCGGAAGACCAUUCAGCUUCCAAAACAUUUGAAAACUGAGUCGCAAAGGGCCGUCUGUGAUUUCCAUUGAGAAAAUUGAAGGGGGAAAGAACCUCAGUGGAAGCCGUUUGACUUCUGAGGCACAUUUGAAAAUGGAAGCAAUUCUGGGUUUUCAUGAUUCGAAAACCGAAAUGUUUGGCUUCCGAGAAGCUCGAAAACCGAGGUACCACUGUAUCUCCUUAAACACACUUUGCCAGAAAAUUUCUUUCUUUCUUUCUCACUCACCCCUUUCUCCCCCUGGCAGGCCGUCAUGGCCCAACAAAACAGCUGAAAUAAUAAUUAUAAUAUUAUUAUUUAUACCCUGCCCAUCUGGCUGGGUUUCCCCAGCUUAUCAUCAUCAUUCCUUUUUCCUUCUGUGAUGGAACUCCUACUUGGGGACUUCCCUGGCUUUUUUCUGGCCCACGUGGGACCAGUCUGGAUAGUUAGCCUUGGUGAAGACUUGACGUUUUCAUCCCCAAAAAAGUUUUUGAGUUUCUGCUGAAAUGAGGCUGCAUUUUAAUGUUGUAUUUUAAUCUUGGUUUUUAAAGUUGUAUUUCAAUCAAUUGUUUUAUAUCUGGUGUUAGCCGCCCUGAGCCUGGUCUUGGCUGGGGAGGGCGGGGUAUAAAUAAAAUUUAUUAUUAUUAUUAUCAUCAUCAUCAUCCAGCCAGUCCCUGACAUCGAGGCCCCUGGCUUUCGUCUCCGUCUCUUGCGCUCUGCUUUGGCGAGUCCCUUUCUUUCUUUCUUUCUUUCUUUCUUUCUUUCUUUCUUUCUCACUCACCCCUUUCUCCCCCUGGCAGGCCGUCAUGGCCCGGCAUGACAGCUGAAAUAAUAAUUAUAAUGUUAUUAUUUAUACCCCGCCCAUCUGGCUGGCUUUCCCCGAAAUGUUUGGCUUCCGAGAUGCUCGAAAACUGAGGUACCACUGUAUCUCCUUAAACACACUUUGCCAGAAAAUUUCCCCUCCUUCCUUCCUCACUCACCCCUUUCUGCCCCCGGCAAGCCGUCCUGGCCCAGCAAGACAGCUGAAAUAAUAAUUAUAAUAUUAUUAUUUAUAUCCCUUUAUAUCAGGCUGGGUUUCCCUAGCUUAUCAUCAUCAUCCAGCCAGUCCCUGACAUCGAGGCCCCCGGCUUUCCUCUCCGUCUCUUGUGUUCUGCUUUGGCGAGUCCCUCUUCCUUCCUUCCUUCUCACUCACCCCUUUCUCCCCCCGGCAGGCCGUCCUGGCCCAGCAAGACAGCUACCUGGAGGUCCAGCGGAGUGCCCUGCUGGACCGGGAGCGCCAGUUCCGCCUGCAGUCGACGCGGGGCAACCUUCUGCUGGAGCAGGAGCGCCAGCGCAACUUUGAGAAGCAGCGGGAGGAGCUGGCCCACGUCCAGAAGCUGCAGGGCCAGCUGAAGGCGGAGCAGCGGCGCUGGGAGCGAGAGCGGGAGCGCCAGCGCAGGGAGGCGGAGGCGGCGGAGGCCCGGCUGCGCCUGCGGGAGGAGGAGGCCCGCCAGCUGAAGGAGCGGCUGGGCCAGGAGCGCCAGGAGCUGGAGCGCCAGCGAGAGGCCUACCAGCACGACCUGGAGCGCCUGCGCGAGGCCCAGCGGGCCGUCGAGAGGGAGAAGGAGCGGCUGGAGCAGCAGCGGAGGCUGAAGAAGCAGAGCACCAGCGCCUUCUCGCCUCCGGAGGCAGGGCAGGUGAGCGCAGGCUCCUGGGUGGGUGGGUGGGUGAGACUGCUGCCGACCAUGGCAGGGGCACAAAGCACAGCAGACCGGAUGGAUGCGGAGGAAUUGGGCAGGGGGGCAGGAAUAAUAAUACAGUGGUACCUCGGGUUAGUGGGACACAGGUGGCACUGUGGGUUAAACCACAGAGCCUAGGACUUGCUGAUCAGAAGGUCGGCGGUUUGAAUCCCCGCAAUGACGGGGUGAGCUCCCGUUGCUCGGUCCCGGCUCCUGCCCACCUAGCAGUUCAAAAGCAUGUCAAAGUACAAGUAGAUAAAUAGGUACCGCUCCAGCAGGAAGGUAAACGGCGUUUCCAUGCGCUGCUCUGGUUCGCCAGAAGCGGCUUUGUCCUGCUGGCCACAUGACCCGGAAGCUGUACGCCGGCUCCCUUGGCCAGUAAAGCGAGAUGAGCGCCGCAACCCCAGAGUCGGUCACGACUGGACCUAAGGGUCAGGGGUCCCUUUACCUUUUAGCUUGGGUUACAGACGCUUCAGGUUACAGAUGCUUCAGGUUACAGACUCUGCUAACCCAGAAAUAGUACCUUGGGUUAAGAACUUUGCUUCAGGAUGAGAACAGAAAUCGUGCUCCGGCGGUAGCAGGAGGCCCCAUUAGCUAAAGUACCUCAGAUUAAGAACAGUUUCAGGCUAAGAACGGACCUCCAGAACAAAUUAAGUUCUUAACCCAAGGUGCCACUGUAAUAAUAUUAUUAUAAUUUAUUAUUUAGACCCUGCUCAUCUGGCUGGGUUUCCCCAGCCACUCUGGGCAGCUCCCAACAAAAUAUUAAAAACACGAUAAAAACACCACACAUUAAAAGCUUCCCUAAACAGGGCUGCCUUCAGAUGUCUUUUAAAGAUAAGAUAGCUGCUUAUUUCCUUGACAUCUGACGGGAGGGCGUUCCACAGGGCAGGCGCCACCACCAAGAAGGCCCUCUGGCUGGUUCCCUGUAAUCUCGCAGGGAGGGAACCGCCAGAAGGCCCUUGGGAGAUGGACCCCGGUGUCCGGGGUGGAGACGCUCCUUCAGGUCUACUGGGCCAUUUAGGGCUUUCAAGGUCAGCACCAACCCUUUGACUUGUGCUUGAAAACGUCCUGGGAGCUAGUAUAGGUCUUUCAAGACCAGUGUUAUGUGGUCUCGGCGGCCGCUCGCAGUCCCCAGUCUAGCUGCUGCAUUCUGGAUUAGUUGCAGUUUCUGGGUCAGCUUCAAAGGUAGCCCAGGUCUGUGCAGAUAUUCUUGCUCCUAAGGAGUUGAAUGGUGGGAUGUAUUGCUGGCCUCCGACCCCCGUGGGGACUGAACUUCCCAGAAUCAGGAGAGGCAGGAGAAGGCCAGAGGAGAGGUUGGCUGCGCGCCGUCUCCGAUCGCUUGGGGAGAAAGCCCUGGAGAGGAGAGGGAGGCGGGGACCUUCAUAUCGGCAAGUCGCUUUCUAGAAAGGGGGCGAGAAGUGAAAUACAGUGGUACCUCGGGUUACAUACGCUUCAGGUUACAGACUUCGCUAACCCAGAAAUAGUGCUUCAGGUUAAGAACUUUGCUUCAGGUUGAGAACAGAAAUCGUGCUUCGGCGGCAGCAGGAGGCCCCAUUAGCUAAAGUGGUGCUUCAGGUUAAGAACAGUUUCAGGUUAAGUACGGACCUCCGGAACGAAUUAAGUACUUAACCCGAGGUACCACUGUACAGUCGUACCUUGGUUGCCAAACGUCUUGGAACUUGCACAUUUCGGCUCCCGAAUGAUCGAAAACCGGAAGUGAGUGUUCUGGUUUUCAAACAAUUUUUGGGAGCCAGAAAUCCGGCGCAGCUUCUGAUUGGCUGUACGAUGCUCCUGCAGCCAAUCGGUAGCCGUGUCUUGGUUUUUGAACAGUUUCGGAAGUCGAACAGACUCCCGGAACGCAAUCUGUUUGAGAACCAAGAUACGACUGUAACUCAUUCUCAAAUGGCCCCCCUUAAAAAUCAAAUUGCCCCCCAUUGGGAACCACAGGCUUAGCCUAUCCUACCUCACAGGGUUGUUGUGUGGAUGAAAUGGAAAUCGCCUCCAGAACGAAUUAAGUACUUAACCCGAGGGACCGCCGUCUGGGAGGAUCCAGCCUCAUCCUUUUCGUUGUUUCUGCAGGGUCCCUUGAGCCACUCUGCCAGCUUCAACGGAGAAGGCCUGGAGGGCAAGCCGGGCGGGCGAGGGAGCGUCGUCUCCGCAACGGACUACCUGGAGAGGGCGGAGCUGGCCCGCCGAGACAGCGCCGCCUCGCCCGCCCUGGAGGGGGUCCGCCCGGUGCUGCCCCUCAAGACCGAGGUGCCCCUCCACCUCCUGAGCGCCACCAACCAGAUCCAGAAGCCGGCAGCCGUCCAGCAGCAGAUCCCCACCAAGCUGGCCGCCUUCACCAAGGGCAGCAAGGAGAAGGCGGGCAAGGGCUCCGCCAAGGCCUCCCACCGGACGGAGAGCUCGGGUGAGUGGCGCGGGGGCCGCAGGGGGCGGAGGUUGCCGCCCCAGGAUGAACAUGCAGCAUUGUAAGCACACAGGGUGAAUGAAGAUGCAAAAUGAGGGUUAUAAUACAGUGGUGCCUUGGUUCUCAAACUUAACCGGUCCCAAAAGCAAAGCGUUCCAAAACCAAGGCACGCUGCUUUCCCAUAGGAAGUCAUGCAAAUUGGAUUAAUCUGUUCCAGACUUUUAAAAUCAACCCCUAAAACAAGAAUUUAACAUCAAUUUUACUAUCUAAUGAGACUACUGAUCCAUAAAAUGAAAGCAAUAAACAAUGUACAGUGGUACCUCAGGUUACAGAUGCUUCAGGUCACAGACUCCGCUAACCCAGAAAUAGUACCUCGGGUUAAGAACUUUUCUUCAGGAUGAGAACAGAAAUUGCGCGGCGGCAGCGGGAGGCCCCAUUAGCUAAAGUGGUGCUUCAGGUUAAGAACAGUUUCAGGUUAAGAACGGACCUCCGGAACGAAUUAAGUUCUUAACCCGAGGUACCACUGUACUGCAGUCACACAAUCAAUCAAUCAGUAGCUAAACUAAGUUCACACAAUCACAAAAACAAAACAAAAAGAGCUGCAAAAACAAAUGAAAUAGCAAAAACAGACAGACCUCAGCGUAACACUCAAAACGGAGCACAUUCGGCUUGCAAAAAAAGUUCGCAAACUGGAACACUUCCAGGUUUUCAGCGUUUGAGAACCAAGGUCCCACUGUAUGGUUUUUGCUGCAUGGGUCUCAUAGAAACGCCCUUUUUAUAGAACCUAAUUGGAACCCCACAAAACCUGCCGACGUUCCGCAGUCCCAGAAUGCAGGCGUUUCCCCUGGCGUCUGUUAAUGGAGUCAGCGUUGGCAGGACUCCAGGGGUCCUCUCUUGCCCCUGCCCCCUGCAAUCCAGGAACCCAAGGAAGCUCCAAGGACCCGCCAUAAUUUUCUCUGAGGAUCUCCUUUCUGUGAGUCAUUUUGGACUCAUACUGUCCAUGGAGGCGCAGGUUAAUUCUGUGUCCAGGGCAGCUGUCUGCCAGCUCCAUCUGAUACGCAGGAUGAGACCCUCCCUGCCCGCAGACUGUCUGGCCAGAGUGGUGCAUGCUCUGGUUAUCUCCCGCUUGGACUACUGCAAUGCGCUCUACGUGGGGCUCCCUUGGAAGGUGACUGGGAAACUACAACUAAUCCAGAAUGCGGCAGCUAGACUGGGGACUGGGAGUGGAGAACAUAGAACACCAGUCCUGAGACCUACAUUGGCUCCCAGGACCUUUCCGAGCACAAUUCAAAGUGUUGGUGCUGACCUUGAAAGCCCUAAACGGCCUCAGUCCAGUAUACCUGAAGGAGCGUCUCCACCCCCAUCGUUCAGCCCGGACACUGAGAUCCAGCGCCGAGGGCCUUCUGGCGGUUCCCUCAUUGUGAGAAGUGAGGCUACAGGGAACCAGGCAGAGGGCCUUCUCGGUAGUGGCACCCACCCUGUGGAGCACCCUCCCACCAGAUGUGAAGGAAAUAAGUAGCUAUCCUAUCUUCAAAAGACGUCUGAAGGCAGCUCUGUUUAGGGAAGUUUUUAACAUUUAACACUGUAUUGUUUUUAAUACUUGAUUGGGAGCCGCCCAGAGUGGCUGGGGAAACUCAGCCAGAUGGGCGGGGUAUAAAUAAUAAAUUAUUAUUAUUAUUAUUUCUCCUUCCAGCGUCGGUUGACCUGAGGCAGCUCCUUCCCCGGUCGGCCGGCAAGGACGAGCCUCCCUCCCGCAGCCGCAACUCCAUGAGCCCCGUCUUUCCCCACAGCCAGAACGUGGCCUUCCUGCCAGGUAAGUCGGGCAGUGGGCGAGAGAGGGGGCCCCGUCCAGCCCGCCAUGCGCCCCGUGGCCCACUCUCCCUCUUCUCCCCGCAGAGCCGCCUGCUGAGGGCGCCCACCCGGACCCCCUGCCCCCUGCCGCCAACCUCUUCAAGCCCAACAGCGUCCACGCCCUCCCGCCAACCCCGGACGAUCUGGCCAAGGAGGACGUCAUUUUCUUCUGA